AUGGAUGCCAUAGAGCAGGUUGGUGCCAUGGUAGUGUCAUGGUACUAGUUCAUCAUCCAGCACUACUGUGUCCUCCUGUCCUCACUUACUGUAAUCUGAGCAGAUGGAUGCUACAGCAAGGCUACUGCACCCCAGGCUGCUGCAGCCAUUUCCAAAAGGCCAGUCUGAGCCAGCAGAGAAAGAAUGAGAGAGAGAGUCACAGAGAGGGGGGGUGAGUGAGAGAGUGGGUGAGAGAGAAAAACUGAGCUGUGAGAGAGUUAUAGAAAGAGAUAGAGAAAAACGGACAGAGGUAGGACGAGAGAGAUACAGAGAAAGAAAGCGAGAGAUAGGUAGCGUUUCAUUUUGCCAUCACUAUGGCUACCAGUGCAGUUCAUCCAGCGUUGCAUCAGACAUUUGAAUCAGACUGUGACUGUGUCUAAAAGACAACACGGUCACAGAUUGUCUGAGUGAUGUUCCACUGUGUGCUUACACUUUAGUCUACAAUAGGACAAUUCUAGUGGUUCAUAGAAGUUGAAUGUAGAGAAACAUGUAACUGCUAAAAUAAUGGAAACACUUGAGUAAAUGAGGGUUCUGGCGGCUCUGUUAUGGUGUGGGGUGCAUUUUCCAGGCAUGGUUUAGGUCCACUUAACCCUUUAGAGGGCAAGGUAAAUGCCAAUAAAUACACAGCCAUUUUGAGUGAUUACCUACAACCUAUGGUGAAUCAUUUCUAUCCUGAUGGGAGUGGAUGACAAUGCCUCCAUCCACAGGGCAAGAGUGGUCAUAGAAUGGUUUGAUGAGCAUUGAAGCUGUUCUGGCGGCUCGUGGUGGCCAAACGUCCUAUUAAGACACUUUAUGUUGAUGUUUCCAUUAUUUUGGCAGUUACCUGUAGCUCCGGGGUGACAUUAUACAGCGAGGGAAAAAAAGUAUUUGAUCCCCUGCUGAUUUUGUACGUUUUCCCACUGACAAAGAAAUGAUCAGUCUAUAAUUUUAAUGGCAGGUUAAUUUGAACAGUGAGAGACAGAAUAACAACAAAAAAAUCCAGAAAAACGCAUGUAAAAAAUGUUAUAAAUUGAUUUGCAUUUUAAUGAGGGAAAUAAGUAUUUGACCCCCUCUCAAUCAGAAAGAUUUCUGGCUCCCAAGUGUCUUUUAUACAGGUAACGAGCUGAGAUUAGGAGCACACUCUUAAAGGGAGUGCUCCUAAUCUCAGUUUGUUACCUGUAUAAAAGACACCUGUCCACAGAAGCAAUCAAUCAAUCAGAUUCCAAACUCUCCACCACGGCCAAGACCAAAGAGCUCUCCAAGGAUGUCAGGGACAAGAUUGUAGACCUACACAAGGCUGGAAUGGGCUACAAGACCAUCACCAAGCAGCUUGGUGAGAAGGUGACAACAGUUGGUGCGAUUAUUUGCAAAUGGAAGAAACACAAAAUAACUGUCAAUCUCCCUCAGCCUGGGGCUCCAUGCAAGAUCUCACCUCGUGGAGUUGCAAUGAUCAUGAGAACAGUGAGGAAUCAGCCCAGAACUACAUGGGAGGAUCUUGUUAAUGAUCUCAAGGCAGCUGGGACCAUAGUCACCAAGAAAACAAUUGGUAACACACUACGCCGUGAAGGACUGAAAUCCUGCAGCGCCCGCAAGGUCCCCCUGCUCAAGAAAGCACAUAUACAGGGCCGUCUGAAGUUUGCCAAUGAACAUCUGAAUGAUUCAGAGAAGAACUGGAUGAAAGUGUUGUGGUCAGAUGAGACCAUAAUGGAGCUCUUUGGCAUCAACUCAACUCGCCGUGUUUGGAGGAGGAGGAAUGCUGCCUAUGACCCCAAGAACACCAUCCCCACCGUCAAACAUGGAGGUGGAAACAUUAUGCUUUGGGGGUGUUUUUCUGCUAAGGGGACAGGACAACAUCACCGCAUCAAAGGGAUGAUGGACGAGGCCAUGUACCGUCAAAUCUUGGGUGAGAACCUCCUUCCCUCAGCCAGGGCAUUGAAAAUGGGUCGUAGAUGGGUAUUCCAGCAUGAGAAUGACCCAAAACACACGGCCAAGGCAACAAAGGAUUGGCUCAAGAAGAAGCACAUUAAGGUCCUGGAGUGACCUAGCCAGUCUCCAGACCUUAAUCCCAUAGAAAAUCUGUGGAGGGAGCUGAAGGUUCGAGUUGUCAAACGUCAGCCUCGAAACCUUAAUGACUUGAAGAAGAUCUGCAAAGAGGAGUGGGACAAAAUCCCUCCUGAGAUGUGUGCAGUUACCUGGUGGCCAACUACAAGAAACGUCUGACCUCUGUGAUUGCGAACAAGGGUUUUGCCACCAAGUACUAAGUCAUGUUUUGCAGAGGGGUCAAAUACUUAUUUCCCUCAUUAAAAUGCAAAUCAAUUUCUAACAUUUUUUGACAUGCGUUUUUCUGGAUUUUUUGUUGUUGUUAUUCUGUCUCUCACUGUUCAAAUAAACCUACCAUUAAAAUUAUAGACUGAUCAUGUCUUUGUCAGAGGGCAAACGUACAAAAUCAGCAGGGGAUCAAAUACUUUUUUCCCUCACUGUAGGUACAGAUCUAGGAUCAGCUUCCCCUUCCCCAAUUCCAACCUCAGCCAUUGGUUAGGAAAAUGCUAAACUGACCCAUGACUAGCGACUAGUGCCAACUUCACCUUACACCGUAUAGUAGGUAACUGCCAAAACAAAGGAAACACCAACAUAAAGUGUCUUAAUAAAAUAAAACAGCUUCAAUGCACCUUGGCAUAGAUGCUACAAGUGUCUGGAACUCUAUUGGAGGGAUGAGACACCAUUCUUCCACGAGAAAUUCCAUAAUUUGGUGUUUUGUUGAUGGUGGUGGAAAAACGCUGUCUCAUGCGCCACUCCAGAAUCUCCCAUAAGUGGUCAAUUGGAAUGAGAUCUGGUGACUGAGAGACACACACACACACACACCCUUUAAACCCCCUAUGUCACUGAGACCUCUUCUAGCCAUGGUAGCCAAAAUAAUGGGCAACUGGUAUUGUUUCUUUACAUGACCCUAAGCAUGAUGGAAUGUUAAUUACUUAAUUAUCUCAGCAACCACACCUGUGUGGCAGCACCUGCUUUUAAUAUACCCUCAUUUACUCAAGUGAUUCCUUUAUUUUGGCAGUUACCUGUAGAUCUCCGUAGAGAUAAAUCAUUGUAGUUCUAUGUAUAGGUCACUUUUCCGUUACUGUGUGUGCAUCUUAUAGGGAUGUCAUUGGAUGGCAAAUUCAGUCAAGGAGAUGACGAUGCAAGUAAAAGGUGCAUUUUACAGCUAACUACAUCCCUUUUCCACCACCACCUGGGAUAUGUCCCAAAUGGCACCCUAUUCCAUAUAUAGUGCACUACAGGGCACACAUGGCUCUGGUCAAAAGUAGUGCAUUAUGUAGGGAAUAGAUUGCCAUUUGGGAUGCAACCCUGGUUAUGUUCUAUUAUCGGACCGCAGGGAGGAAAUGACUACAUUUUAUUAACUGGAUCGUAGGAAUAAUGUGUUAUAAUAAAGUGUUUGUAUUUAGCGGAGUGAACAGAAGUCAUGGCGGAAGGAAGGCAAUGCGGGCUGAAUGAGAAUAGAGAUGUGAGAAGUAGACCUAGAAUUCCAUAUUGAGUGUACCCAUAAGUUUACCAGUCAAAAUGCUAUGGUCAGAUGUUCUAUGUCACUUUAGGAUUUACAUUUCUAUGGAAGUGAAAGUAACAGUAAAUAAGAGGUUUGUUUUUAAACUGUUUUUCUUGUUCUCUUUAGGUCGAAGUCGGCGUGCCUCUCAAGCAUCUCCUCCAGGAUCACCACAAGGCCCAGGGGUAAGACUGUCACACAGAUCAGUUACCGCUAACAUGGUCAGACAUGAUCAGUCAUGGAUGAUGAGUCAUCGAUAGAACGUUACCUGAAGCCAUGGUCAGCUCCACUCUGUUUUGAAGCAUAGGUCUCCAUACGGUCAGAAUGGCCCCCGAGCAUUAAUUAAGUGCUGAUGUAGGACCAGGUCCCACCUGUCCAUGUAAUCAUAUUCAUUGUGAUCUUAAAGGGAAACUCUUCAUGAAUACGAGCCUUCACUAGUAAACUAAUAUACAGUGAGGGAAAAAAGUAUUUGAUCCCCUGCUGAUUUUGUACGUUUGCCCACUGACAAAGACAUGAUCAGUCUAUAAUUUUAAUGGUAGGUUUAUUUGAACAGUGAGAGACAGACUAACAACAAAAAAUCCAGAAAAACGCAUGUCAAAAAUGUUAUGAAUUGAUUUGCAUUUUAAUGAGGGAAAUAAGUAUUUGAUCCCUCUGCAAAACAUUACUUAGUACUUGGUGGCAAAACCCUUGUUGGCAAUCACAGAGGUCAGACGUUUCUUGUAGUUGGCCACCAGGUUUGCACACAUCUCAGGAGGGAUUUUGUCCCACUCCUCUUUGCAGAUCUUCUCCAAGUCAUUAAGGUUUCGAGGCUGAAGUUUGGCAACUCGAACCUUCAGCUCCCUCCACAGAUUUUCUAUGGGAUUAAGGUCUGGAGACUGGCUAGGCUAGGCCACUCCAGGACCUUAAUGUGCUUCUUCUUGAGCCACUCCUUUGUUGCCUUGGCCGUGUGUUUUGGGUCAUUGUCAUGCUGGAAUACCCAUCCACAACCCAUUUUCAAUGCCCUGGCUGAGGGAAGGAGGUUCUCACCCAAGAUUUGACGGUACAUGGCCCCGUCCAUCGUCCCUUUGAUGCGGUGAAGUUGUCCUGUCCCCUUAGCAGAAAAACACUCCCAAAGCAUAAUGUUUCCACCUCCAUGUUUGACGGUGGGGAUGGUGUUCUUGGGGUCAUAGGCAGCAUUCCUCCUCCUCCAAACACGGCGAGUUGAGUUGAUGCCAAAGAGCUCCAUUUUGGUCUCAUUUGACCACAACACUUUCACCCAGUUCUCCUCUGAAUCAUUCAGGUGUUCAUUGGCAAACUUCAGACGGCCCUGUAUAUGUGCUUUCUUGAGCAGGGGGACCUUGCGGGCGCUGCAGGAUUUCAGUCCUUCACGGCGUAGUGUGUUACCAAUUGUUUUCUUGGUGACUAUGGUCCCAGCUGCCUUGAGAUCAUUGACAAGAUCCUCCCGUGUAGUUCUGGGCUGAUUCCUCACCGUUCUCAUGAUCAUUGCAACUCCACGAGGUGAGAUCUUGCAUGGAGCCCUAGGCCGAGGGAGAUUGACAGUUAUUUUGUGUUUCUUCCAUUUGCAAAUAAUCGCACCAACUGUUGUCACCUUCUCACCAAGCUGCUUGGCGAUGGUCUUGUAGCCCAUUCCAGCCUUGUGUAGGUCUGCAAUCUUGUCCCUGACAUCCUUGGAGAGCUCUUUGGUCUUGGCCAUGGUGGAGAGUUUGGAAUCUGAUUGAUUGAUUGCUUCUGUGGACAGGUGUCUUUUAUACAGGUAACAAGCUGAGAUUAGGAGCACUCCCUUUAAGAGUGUGCUCCUAAUCUCAGCUCGUUACCUGUAUAAAAGACACCUGGGAGCCAGAAAUCUUUCUGAUUGAGAGGGGGUCAAAUACUUAUUUCCCUCACUAAAAUGCAAAUCAAUUUAUAACAUUUUUGACAUGCGUUUUUCUGGAUUUUUUUGUUGUUAUUCUGUCUCUCACUGUUCAAAUAAACCUACCAUUAAAAUUAUAGACUGAUCAUUUCUUUGUCAGUGGGCAAAUGUACAAAAUCAGCAGGGGAUCAAAUACUUUUUUCCCUCACUGUAGGACUUUGUGUUUAGUUGGUCAGAGGGUAUCAUUGUGUCAUCUCUGUUCUAACGGGCUGGUUAAGUAGGGUUGUUUGGUACAUUAGUGAUAGGGAUCAGGUCUAUCAAAAUAUCCUGAAGCAUAUGAUGUGGUACUAUGGAGCAGAGAGCUUCAUCCACUUAAUGCAUGUGGGGAGGGUUUUUAAUGGAGAGAGUGUGUGUUAGGUGCAUAGAUGCAUCUUUUUCAGUUAAACGUGUGUGUGUGUGUGCUUGUACAUAUGUGCUUGUGUGUGCGUUUCUGCACAUGUGAAUGUGAGUACAUGUUUGCUGUGUGCGUUUCUGCAUGUUUGUAAAUGUAUGUACAUUAGUGUGUCUGAGUUUGCGCGGGUGUGUGAGCGUGACUGCAUGUGUAUGUGUGUCUGGGGCAGGCUGAGCUGUGGGGUGUGAGUGAUGUCUCAGGCUGAGUGGGGCUGUCAGUGAGGGAAUGGGCCCUCUGAUGGAUGCAGCUAUCUCACAGAGAUAAAGCCAGACACACACAUACACACACACACACACACACACACACACACACACACACACACACACAGUAGAGGAGAAGAGAGUGAUUAGCUCUGUCUCAGUGCUGGAUCUAUGGGCAAUAAUGAGGGCCUGGGUCUGCUCUCCUGCCUCAUGUGAUAAAGUUUGAAGCUAAACAUAUCAGGGGUUGGAACCGGUAAGGGAACAGAACCAAAAACCGGAAAAUAACUGAAUGUUUCAAGGAAUAUUCUUUUAAAAGCAUGGGAACCACUUAAUAGCGUUAUUUUCUGUAGUUAGAAACGGACCCCCCACACCCCACGGCAAUCCCAACCCAACAACGAGUGUAUAGUAUCAGUUCUCUGUCUGACAAGUAGUAUGGAGCUGCGGCUCUGAGUAUUGUUUCUUCAUCCUAUGUAAUGUAUUCCCAGUGAUCUUGAUGAUGUUUUUUCCCCCCUGUUCAUAUAAAUUUGUCAUUGAAGCUGUUACGCUUAUGUCCCAUCCUACAUCCUGAUAUUACCAGGUUCCGACCACUAGAUGGUGGUUUCCUGAUAUUUCACCCAAUAGUUCACCCAAAUUACAAAAGUACAUAUUGGUUUAAGCAGUCUAUUGACAAUUUAUGACAUCAACCCAUGCUUUGGUUUUGUUUACCUGGCCAAUGUUUCAAAUACUAAAUAUUUUGCAUUUGUGGCACAAAUCCAAUACAAGCCAAUGGUACCUAUAUUAUCAUUUCCAUGCUUCAUAUCCAAAACAUCUAUAAGUAACAUCAUUGAGUUACACAAUCAAUUUUCGGAUACUUUAGGAUGAUUUGAACAUGAAGCGUGAAAAUGAUAUACAGUGGGAGAACAAGUAUUUGAUACACUGCCGAUUUUGCAGGUUUUCCUACUUACAAAGCAUGUAGAGGUCUGUAAUUUUUAUCAUAGGUACACUUCAACUGUGAGAUACAGAAUCUAAAAUCACAUUUUAUGAUUUUUAAGUAAUUAAUUUGCAUUUUAUUGCAUGACAUAAUUAUUUGAUACAUCAGAAAAGCAGAACUUAAUAUUUGGUACAGAAACCUUUGUUUGCAAUUACAGAGAUCAUACGUUUCCUGUAGGUCUUGACCAGGUUUGCACACACUGCAGCAGGGAUUUUGGCCCACUUCUCCAUACAGACCUUCUCCAGAUCCUUCAGGUUUCGGGGCUGUCGCUGGGCAAUAUGGACUUUCAGCUCCCUCCAAAUAUGUUCUAUUGGGUUCAGGUCUGGAGACUGGCUAGGCCACUCCAGGACCUUGAGAUGCUUCUUACGGAGCCACUCCUUAGUUGCCCUGGCUGUGUGUUUCGGGUCGUUGUCAUGCUGGAAGACCCAGCCACGACCCAUCUUCAAUGCUCUUACUGAGGGAAGGAGGUUGUUGGCCAAGAUCUCGCGAUACAUGGCCCCAUCCAUCCUCCCCUCAAAACGGUGCAGUCGUCCUGUCCCCUUUGCAGAAAAGCAUCCCCAAAGAAUUAUGUUUCCACCUCCAUGCUUCACGGUUGGGAUGGUGUUCUUGGGGUUGUACUCAUCCUUCUUCUUCCCCCAAACACGGCGAGUGGAGUUUAUACCAAAAAGCUCUAUUUUUGUCUCAUCAGACCACAUGACUUUCUCCCAUUCCUCCUCUGGAUCAUCCAGAUGGUCAUUGGCAAACUUCAGACAGGCCUGGACAUGCGCUGGCUUGAGCAGGGGGACCUUGCGUGCACUGCAGGAUUUUAAUCCAUGACGGCGUAGUGUGUUACUAAUGGUUUUCUUUGAGACUGUGGUCCCAGCUCUCUUCAGGUCAUUGACCAGGUCCUGCCGUGUAGUUCUGGGCUGAUCCCUCACCUUCCUCAUGAUCAUUGAUGCCCCAUGGAGCCCCAGACCGAGGGUGAUUGACCGUCAUCUUGAACUUCUUCCAUUUUCUAAUAAUUGUGCCAACAGUUGUUGCCUUCUCACCAAGCUGCUUGCCUAUUGUCCUGUAGCCCAUCCCAGCCUUGUGCAGGUCUACAAUUUUAUCCCUGAUGUCCUUACACAGCUCUCUGGUCUUGACCAUUGUGGAGAGGUUGGAGUCUGUUUGAUUGAGUGUGUGGACAGGUGUCUUUUAUACAGGUAACGAGUUCAAACAGGUGCAGUUAAUACAGGUAAUGAGUGGAGAACAGGAGGGCUUCUUAAAGAAAAACUAACAGGUCUCUGAGAGUCGGAAUUCUUACUGGUUGGUAGGUGAUCAAAUACUUAUGUCAUGCAAUAAAAUGCAAAUUAAUUACUUAAAAAUCAUACAAUGUGAUUUUCUGGAUUUUUGUUUUAGAUUCCGUCUCUCACAGUUGAAGUGUACCUAUGAUAAAAAUUACAGACCUCUACAUGCUUUGUAAGUAGGAAAAGCUGCAAAAUCGGCAGUGUAUCAAAUACUUGUUCUCCCCACUGUAGGUACCAUUGAAUUGCAUUGGAUUUCUGCCACAAAUGCUAAAAAGGUAGUAUUUGAAGUAUUGGCCAACAAAACCAAAGCAUGGGUUGCUGUCAUAACUUGUCAAUAGACUGCUUACAGGGUAAGGAAACCAAUGGCAUUUUGUAAUUUGGGUGAACUAUCCCUUUAACAUUGGGGGGCGACGGAUUCGUAACUUUUUUUAACCUAAUAUCAGAAACAGCGCCAUCUAGUAGUCAGACCCUGGUAAUAUCAGGAUGUAAGAUGGAACAUAUACCUAGCAACUUUAAUGACAAAUGUAUCUGAACUGGGAAGAAAAACCCCCACCAAAUUCACUGGGAGUACAUUAAAUAGGAUGAUAAAACAGUACUCCCGGCCGCAGCUCCAUAUUACUCGUCAGACACAGAGAACUGAUACUAUAUACUCAUUGUUGGGGUGUGAAGGGACCGUGGGUGGCUUUUGACCAUUCCUUUGGAUUCCUCAUAUCUAACCCAUUGUUUGAAAAACAUUUGGUCCAAAUUUGAUUUUAGGUACUAUAUUUAUUGAAUAUUAUAUUAAUCUUUUAAAUUAAAAUGGCCAAUUUGGAUGCAAUCAAUUAGCUUAAUUUCUCAGAGAUCAAAUUAUAGUUCAACAAAAUAUGCUAAUGUCAUCUGUUUAUAACAAAUUUACUAUUUCAGAACAGUCUGCGAUGGUGGGUGUCGAAAUCCUCUUUUUAUGUGCUUUUUAAGGUGGAAUGACCCAUCUGUAGCCUACCGAUGUUACAAGCAUGAUUCAGAAGAUGGGGAGAGAGUUUUGUAACUUUUUCAAUGCUAUUUAGGGAUACAAUAGUUCACAUUGGAUUUAUUAACUACAAAAAUUAUGGUGCUGCUCUGCACGCACAAGCUUGUUAGCUAGCUAACGUUUAGUCAACUCUGAAGUUCAAAGACAUUCAAAGUUCCUCCAUAAAUCAAAUCAAAUCAAAUUUUAUUUGUCACAUACACGUGUUUAGCAGAUGUUAUAGCGGGUGUAGCGAAGCUGCUCCUCCGUAAGUAUAAUUCUGUGGGCCUAAUUAAGAUAAUGCAUGUCAUCAAAAGAUGCCCAGCGCUUCAAGCGUCUCUCGCUCUCUCCCUACCCACAAAAUUUCAGUCGCAUCUCGCGCACUAUACUUGUCUUUCCAUCACGCAUGUAAACAACUCACUGAGCUAUAGCUUCCCCGCUCCAUAGAAAGCUGCUCUAUCUGCACAGCAUGAAUGGUGAAGUAAUUUAAUGUUGUGUUAAAUGAAUGAUUUCAGCGGUUUAAAAAGGACCAGAAAUGAACGAUAUAAACUUGUACUUUGUUUUGGUUCGAACCGGUUCAGAACUUUAUUUUGCUGGUCGGAACAGUGGAACAGAACGAAACGAUUGGAAAAUAAUUUUGGUUCCAACCCCUGAAACAUAUACUAGUAGCCUUGUACCUGCAGCUCCCAAGUUCUUAUUGUCAAAAGUACACACGGACAUACAGAAAUGCAAUACAUAGCUUUUUAAAGAACAAAUAAAAUAGCCUAUUAUCUUGCAGGAAAGAACAGAAAUGUUUGUAUUUGCUUACAACCCGUAGCUGGUAUUUGGACUGGUGAGCCUCUGAUUGCUGGCCCAUUUCUCUAACCUUAGGCUAACUGCAGCCCCCACAAGCACCAGGCAUCAACCAACUGAGCCAUCAGAACAACAGAAGCGAGGCUACAUGUAUACAUGUCAGAUCAAAGUCGAGUAUUCAACAAAGCGGGGAAUAAAUAAACAAAAACUACAGUAUAACUCUUGAUUUUGGUAGAACUCUCCCUAAUCCACAGUUCCAAUUUAUGUCUAUAGAAAUAAUCCUCUUCAUCAGCAGAUCUCUCUGUCUGCGUCUCAAAUGGCACCCUAUUUCCUAUUCAGUGCACUACUUUUGAAUAGGGCCGGUAGGGCUCUGUUCAAAAGUAAUGCACUAAAUAGGGAAUAUGGUGCAAUUUGGGAAUCAACCUCAGACUCCUACCCUGCAUUACUGUCGAACACCAUUUAAUCAAUGCCACCCGGCACAGAAAUAGGACUGUAAACAAGAUGUAUUCAACACUAUAUCUGCAAGCAUUGUAGGAUCUGACAACUUUGUUUUUCUGCAUAAAUUAUUGAUCCCUGACACUUUUUGUUCACUUUGAGCAGAAUGCUAAGACUCUAUAUUUAUAUCUAAUACAGAGAGCACUUUGUGUGUGCGUGCGUGUGUGUAUUGCCUGGGAUGCCCGCUUCCAUCCUAGGCCGGUCUUGGGUUAUGUUAUUGUUGUUACCUGUGUUGGCAGUCAACGGUGUUGCCGGGGUGAUGCUCUUUCUCUCUUCUUUCUCUCUCUCGCUAUUCUGUCUCGCUGUCUCUGUCUCUCUCUCUCUCUCCAUCUUUGUCUCUUUCUUCUAUUUCUGUAUCUCUCCAUUUCUCGACCUCUCUCUUUCCCUAACUCUGUUCUCCAAUUUCCAUCUCACUCUUUGUUACAAAUUUAUAUUUUAUUCUCCCCCUCAAUCAAUCUUCAAAUGCGUUCUCCCGCUCUAUCUCUGUUUCCCUCGGUCUCCCACCUCCUCUCUUUUUCUCACUUACUAAGAGACAUAUGAUGACAACCGCCAGCUGAGAGGUCGACUCCACAACGGCGACACACAAAUUCAUAUACACAUAUAACACACGCACACACACACACAAUCCCACGUCGCAAGUCACCACAGCCUGCCACUGUGGGUGUGAAACACACCAGACACGAGCGAGGCGCCUCUGUGUGUGAGAAAACACACACACACAGGAGCCGGGGAACAGGCAGAGAAGAAGGCAAUUAGUGGUGGCGUUGGGCUUGAAUUUGAUCCGUACUGCCAACAUUCUCCACCCAGCCUGUUUGCCCUGACACAUAAUGGGAGAGAAGACAACAACAGAGCAGUCAGCUGCUCACUGAGAUGGUUGUGGCUCAUGUCACUGUUCUACUGAAAUGAACGUCUUUGUACUGGCCCUGUUUGUUAUCAAUGUUAUUUUAAUAUUGUCCCUUUAUUAGAACUUGUUUGUUUGAUGUCUGGUCAAGUUAAGUUUCAGUCUCAUUGGAAACUGAAAUGACAGGUGGAUAUGAUUUGACACACACAUUCCCGAAAAUCACACCCAUCUUGUUAUAAUAUGCUACAGCUAUAGAAGCCUAUCUAUGGCAAUGCUGUUAUGCUAGCCAUAGAGAAUUAGAGCACCUCUCAUAAAUGACACCAUUCUCCCCACAUAGUGCACUACUUUUGACCACCAAAGCGACGUAGGGCUCUAAUCUUGCUUUAUUUUGCAGCAGUGAUAUGUGUUGUCAUAUUGUUUUAAUAAAGUCUAAAUAGUUAAUGUGAAUUCCUGUUGUUUCUCCUAGCUCUCUAUGUCUCAGCUGGCAGCUACUUCACGCUACCCGACCAUGAGCCACUCCACUGCCGUGUCACCAUGGCAACAGCCGUUUUCCUCUCAGCUCUAUCCGUCCCCAUUGGCAUCGGCCCACCAGCUGUCACAUGUCGUAAGAUUCCACCCCCGUACCCUCUCCCACGCGCACACAGACACAAACACGCAUGGGGAUACACACAGUGCUACUCACACGCAGACACAUGAAGACAAACGGAUACAUACACACAUAGACACACUGAUACAUAAACACAUGAAUAUGGGCACUUUAUAGGUCUCUGACACAGUCACAUAUAAGUGUGCGCACACACACUCAUGUAUCAUUUCCAUGGGUACACAGACAGACACAGUGAUUUCAAUUCGAAUGCUCACUCACCUUUCUAACACAAAGCUAUGUACAGACACAUACCUGCAGACACAGCGGCACACACGCACACACACGCACACACACGACCUUGAGAGUACACUUUUUGCUGAACUCCGGCAUGCUCUUUGUCUUUGGGACUACACAAGGUUUUUCAUCUUUCAAAUCAAAAGAAACACUCUUUGACUCCGCACUCACAUCAAUGUACAAUGUCUGAUCCAAUUUUCUCAAGGUAUCCAGUUCUUUACAAGCUGUGAUUUUAUAUUUAACACUACAGUGGGGGGAAAAAGUAUUUAGUCAGCCACCAAUUGUGCAAGUUCUCCCACUUAAAAAGAUGAGAGAGGCCUGUAAUUUCCAUCAUAGGUACACGUCAACUAUGACAGACAAAAUUUCAGAAAAUCACAUUGUAGGAUUUUUAAUGAAUUUAUUUGCAAAUUAUGGUGGAAAAUAAGUAUUUGGUCAAUAACAAAAGUUUCUCAAUACUUUGUUAUACAGUGAUCCCUCGCCACUUCGCGGUUCACUUAUCGCGGAUUCGCUAUUUCGCGGAUUUUCAUAAUGCAUUUUUUUUUUUUUGGUGCAUUGUGCUCUGCAUUCUGAUUCGCUAAAAACUCACUCCCGCUUCUUGUAUCAAAACAUGCUACGAAUUGUGCUAUCAUUUUGUCGUCUCGUGCAGUUAUGUGUACGUACAUAAAACAGCUUGGCAAAUUUACAUUAAGUUGGCCAAAUUAUCUUGUAAUUUCGAACAUCUCCUAAACCCAUAAUGUCGACGAAACGGCCUGGACCGACAAAAGCACCUGCGGAUGGGCCCAAACGGCGGAAGAUGCUACCUAUCUCAGAUAAAGUUAAACUUCUGGACAUGCUAAGGGAAGGUAAAUGACAAAGCCACAAAGCGACGAUGAAAGAGAAGAGGGAGAAGAGGACACGAGAGAUGAGGAGGAAGGACUAACGCUUGGUCGCUUAGCAACCAUGGUGUGAAUGGCCACUGAACUUAAGCGAGUAGCUGAGGAAUGGGACCCUUUGAUGAGCCGUUCAUUACAGUUCUCCAACGUAAUCGAUGGUGGCAUGUCGGUGUACAAGGAUCUUUUUGCAAAGAAGAAAAAAGAGCGACAACAGCUGCCUAUCACUAUGUUCUUCUCCCGAACAAACACACCUGCACGGCGGGCUUCAGAAGAAGAGAACACUGCAGAGCGCAGUCAGGAUGCAGCGGCCCAGUCUGAAGAGCAGUGAAACGGCCUACACGUGAGUCACUGUAUUUGUAUACAUGUAAUAGUUGCUAAUUGUAAAAAAAAAAAGUUUUCUAUUUCGCGGAUUUCACUUAUCGCGGGUCAUUUUCGGAACGUAACCCCCGCGAUAAACGAGGGAUUACUGUAUACCCUUUUUUGGCAAUGACACAGGUCAAACGUUUUCUGUAAGUCUUCACAAGGUUUUCACACACUGUUGCUGGUAUUUUGGCCCAUUCCUCCAUGCAGAUCUCCUCUAGAGCAGUGAUGUUUUGGGGCUGUCGCUGGGCAACACGGACUUUCAACUCCCUCCAAAGAUUUUCUAUGGGGUUGAGAUCUGGAGACUGGCUAGGCCACUCCAGGACCUUGAAAUGCUUCUUACGAAGCCACUCCUUCGUUGCCCGGGCGGUGUGUUUGGGAUCAUUGUCAUGCUGAAAGACCCAGCCACGUUUCAUCUUCAAUGCCCUUGCUGAUGGAAGGAGGUUUUCACUCAAAAUCUCACGAUACAUGGCCCCAUUCAUUCUUUCCUUUACACGGAUCAGUCGUCCUGGUCCCUUUGCAGAAAAACAGCCCCAAAGCAUGAUGUUUCCACCCCCAUACUUCACAGUAGGUAUGGUGUUCUUUGGAUGCAACUCAGCAUUCUUUGUCCUCCAAACACAACGAGUUGAGUUUUUACCAAACAGUUCUAUUUUGGUUUCAUCUGACCAUAUGACAUUCUCCCAAUCCUCUUCUGGAUCAUCCAAAUGCACUCUAGCAAACUUCAGACGGGCCUGGACAUGUACUGGCUUAAGCAGGGGGACACGUCUGGCACUGCAGGAUUUGAGUCCCUGGCGGCGUAGUGUGUUACUGAUGGUAGGCUUUGUUACUUUGGUCCCAGCUCUCUGCAGGUCAUUCACUAGGUCCCCCCGUGUGGUUCUGGGAUUUUUGCUCACCGUUCUUGUGAUCAUUUUGACCCCACGGGGUGAGAUCUUGCGUGGAGCUCCAGAUCGAGGGAGAUUAUCAGUGGUCUUGUAUGUCUUCCAUUUCCUAAUAAUUGCUCCCACAGUUGAUUUCUUCAAACCAAGCUGCUAACCUAUUGCAGAUUCAGUCUUCCCAGCCUGGUGCAGGUCUACAAUUUUGUUUCUGGUGUCCUUUGACAGCUCUUUGGUCUUGGCCAUAGUGGAGUUUGGAGUGUGACUGUUUGAGGUUGUGGACAGGUGUCUUUUAUACUGAUAACAAGUUCAAACAGGUGCCAUUAAUACAGGUAACGAGUGGAGGACAGAGGAGCCUCUUAAAGAAGAAGUUACAGGUCUGUGAGAGCCAGAAAUCUUGCUUGUUUGUAGGUGACCAAAUACUUAUUUUCCACCAUAAUUUGCAAAUAAAUUCAUUAAAAAUCCUACAAUGUGAUUUUCUGGAUUUUUUUCUUCUCAAUUUGUCUGUCAUAGUUGAUGUGUACCUAUGAUGAAAAUUACAGGCCUCUCUCAUCUUUUUAAGUGGGAGAACUUGCACAAUUGGUGGCUGACUAAAUACUUUUUUCCCCCAUUGUACCUGGACACACUACAAAUGCAUUCCAUUCCAAGUUUGACAGUGUACCCAAUGCAACAUUUUAUGCAAAGUCCAUGACCUAGAUAAUUUGAUGUCUUUUCAUGUUGAGUAUACUGACUAUAGAAUACGACCCAGUUCUCACUGGUUUUGUUAACAUGUUUUUGAGACUUUUAAAGUAACUGCCCAGUCAAAAUCGUACUUUUAAAAGGUCAUAUUCUGUUAACUCAUAUCCAAAUAAUGUUGUUGAGUAGUCCUAUACUCGUAAUUGUGGCCAAAACCCACCUCAAACUUGUACCUCAAACAGUUUAAAAAAUGCUUGCUAUUUCCUCAUAGAACAGGAUGUCAUCUCCUUGAGGAGGAUGAGCUAGCGAAUCAGCAGUCUAGAGGAGGAUGAGCUGGCCAAUCAGUGGCCUACUUACAUAAAUAUGUUUAAUGACUGGUAUACGCCCACACAAUUCUGUUGUAGGCGUACGCCCACACCAUUCCAACACAGAAAAGCUGCUUUUUAACAUAUUUAAAUAAGAAAUGUUGGAUGGAAAACUAUUUCACUCAUAUUGUCAGUAAUUAUAGUAGCUUAGUGGGUAAGAGCGUUGUGCCAGUAACCGAAAGGUCGCUGGUUCUAAUCCCCGAGCCAACUAGGUGAAAAAUCUGUCGAUGUGCCCUUGAGCAAGGCACUUAACCCUAAUUGCUCCUGUAAGUCGCUCUGGAUAAGAGCGUCUGCUAAAUGACUAAAAUGUAAAUGAAAUGUUAUAGGUCAUAUUCAUAGAAAUCUGGAAACACUGGGCAGUUACUUUAAAGAAGAUCAUUGUAAAGCUGAGGAUGCAGGAACUGGGGUACUAAUCGUGUUGAGUAACUUUGUGUUGAGUAACUUCUCGCAAAAUAGGAACGGUAAUCAUUUUUCCUUUGAAAACAUUGUUGUUUUUUGAUUUCCUCACACACACUCACAAGGAUGCAUACAUUUGGCAUCCAUCCAAUGUGUUUUUUUCUUCAAAUAAAUGGUGUGAAAAUAGUAUAGUAUGAGUUUAAUCUCGUGGUCCCUGAGUUUACCUGUUAGAUAUAUGUUUCAUUCUCAUUACAAUCCGUUUAAACCGACUCAAAUCUGCUCCGAUAUGUCUCUAUAAUUUAGGUGCCAACAAGAACAUCCUUCUUCUCACAGACUUAAAGAUAUGCAUAGCUGCUAGUGUUACCGCGUAAACACCCACUUGUAUCGCCAAAUCAGUGUCAUUAUAAUUAAUGUAUCCAGGACAGCAAAGGCACACAGAACUAGUACACAUCAUAUUUACAUUAUAGAUUGCAUAACACACACUAGUGUGACCAAACAGGGUUUGAACCUGGGUCUCCUGCAUACCACAAGACAAUGUUAGCCUGCUGAGCUAAAGCUUAGGAAUUUGCUCAGGGAGCUAACACAAGUAUGCAGAUGUGCUUCCACUAGGGAAAUAGUUUACAAAUGUUAGCUAAUGUAAGCUAACACAUUUCAAUUGUUUUGUGUUAGCAGCGAACAUUCACUAACGUUAGCUAACAGUCUAAGAAGGUAGUGUGCGAUGAACCUAAGUGUCUGUUUUGGGUCUAAACUGCUGUUACAAAUACAAGUGGCCAUGUAGACUUUCUAUUAAAUAUAGUAAGAAUAGCAAAGUUAUUUGCAGUUUGAAUAUUGUUGCUAAAAAGCCACAGUAAAACAGCAGAAAUUAGCUAUUUGCGGCUUCUCCGUAACAUUAUGGGAUGUCUAUUCAAAUCGUUCAACUGAAAUUGUUACUAAGAAACAUGUUCUCUGCAAACGAAAGCCUUGUUGAACCCACCUCAGGUCUCAGGUAGUCGGCCUUUUUCAAGACAAACAUUCCAACCAACCCAGAACCACCUGUAGAUCGCAGGUUGACGUUUAUUGGGAUGAGUCUUGUCCUAGAUGGGCCAGCUGCAAAGUCAAAAUUGGCUAUAUUGAAAAAAUUAAUGAAAACCUAAAUUAGCCUUUUGGUCUUAAUUUAAGGUUAGGGUUAGGCAUUAUGUUCAGCAGCAUGGUUAAGGUUAGAGUUAGGUUUAGGUUUAGAAUCAGAUUUUAGGGCUUUGUGGCUUUGCUAGCUAGUGAUCAGUCUGCAGAGCUGCCUCCAGAACAAGAUUCAUGACGAAGAACGCUAACCUGCAUGUACAGUGCAUUCUGAAAGUAUUCAGACCCCUUGACUUUUUGACAUUUUGUUACCUUACAGCCUUAUUCUAAAAUUUAUUAAAUCAUUUUUUUACCUCAUUAAUCUACACACAAUACCCCAUGAUGUCAAAGCAAAAACAGGUUUUUAGAAUUUUUUGUAAAAAAAAAUAAAUAAUAAAAUAACUGAAAUAUGACAUUUACAUAAGUAUUCAGACCCUUUACUCAGUACUUUGUUGAAGCACCUGUGGGAGCGAUUACAGCCUCAAGUCUUCUUGGGUAUGACGCUACAAGCAUGGCACACCUGUAUUUGGGGAGUUUGUCCCAUUCUUCUCUGCAGAUCCUCUUAAGCUCUGUCAGGUUGGAUGGGGAGCGUCGCUGCACAGCUAUUUUCAGGUGUCUCCAAAGAUGUUCGAUCGGGUUCAAGUCCGGGCUCUGGCUGGGCCACUCAAGGACAUUCAGAGACUUGGCCCGAAGCCACUCCUGCGUUGUCUUGGCUGUGUGCUUAGGGUCGUUAUCCUGUUGGACGGUGAACCUUUACCCCAGUCUGAGGUCCUGCGCGCUCUGGAGCAGGUUUUCAUCAAGGAUCUCUCUUUACUUUGCUCCAUUCAUCUUUCCCUCGAUCCUGACUAGUCAAAUAAAAUAAAAUAAAAUUGUAUUUGCAACAUGCGCCGAAUACAACAGGUGUAGACCUUAAAGUGAAAUGCUUACAAGCCCUUAACCAACAAUGCCGUUUUUAAGAAAAGAAAAAAAAUGUGUAGAGGAAUAAAUAGAGAAAUAAAAAAUAGCAUAAUUAAAAUAACAGUAGGGAGGCUAUAUACAGAGGAUAUCGGUACAGAGUCAAUGUGCGGGGGCACCGGUUAGUCGAGGUAAUUGAGGUAAUAUGUACAUGUGGGUACAGUUAAAGUGACUAUGCAAAAUAAUAAACAGUAGCAGCAGUGUAAAAGAGGGGGUUGGGGUGGGGUGUGGGAGGCAAUGCAAAUAGUCAGGGUAGCCAUGAUUAGCUGUUCAGGAGUCUUAUGGCUUUGGGGUAAAAGCUGUUAAGUGCCCUCUUCACGACUGUCUUGGUGUGUUUGGACCAUGAUAGUUUGUUGGUGAUGUGGACACCAAGGAACUUGAAGCUCUCAACCUGUUCCGCUACAGCCCCGUCGAUGAGAAUGGUGGCGUCUCCCAGUCCCUGCCACUGAAAAACAUCCCCACAGCAUGAUUCUGCCACCACCAUGCUUCAACUGUAGGGAUGGUGCCAGGUUUCCUCCAGAUGUGAUGCUUGGCAUUCAGGCCAAAGAGUUCAAUCUUGGUUUCAUCAGAGAGUCCUUUAAGUGCCUUUUGGGAAACUCCAAGCAGGCUGUCAUGUGCCUUUUACUGAGGAGUGGCUUCCGUCUGGCCACUCUACUAUAAAGGCCUGAUUGGUGGAGUGCUGCAGAGAUGGUUGUCCUUCUGGAAGGUUCUCCCAUCUCCACAGAGGAACUCUGGAGCUCUGUCAGAGUGACCAUCGGGUUCUUGGUCACCUCCCUGACCAAGGCCCUUCUCCCCCGAUUGCUCAGUUUGGCCGGGCGGCCAGCUCUAGGAAGAGUGUUGGUGGUUCCAAACAUCUUCCAUUUCAGAAUGAUGGAGGCCACUGUGUUCUUGGGGACCUUCAAUGCUGCAGACAUUUUUUGGUACCCUUCCCCAGAUCUGUGCCUCGACACAAUCCUGUCUCGGAGCUCUACUGACAAUUCCUUCAACCUCAUGGAUUGUUUUUUGCUCUGACAUGCACUGUCAACUGUGGGACCUUAUAUAGACAGGUGUGUGCCUUUCCAAAUCAUGUCCAAUCAAUUGAAUUUACCACAGGUGGACCAAGUUUAGAUGAUCAUCAAGGGUGAUCAAUGGAAACAGGAUGCACCUGAGCUCAAUAUCGAGUCUCAUAGCAAAGGCUCUGAAUACUUAUGUAAAUAAGGUAUUUCUGUUUUUUUAUUUUAAUACAUAUGCAAAAAAAAUUAAAAAACUAUUUUUGCUUUGUCAUUAUGGGGUAUUGUGUGUAGAUUGAUGAGUAAAAUGUUGUAUUUCAUCCAUUUUAGAAUAAGGCUGUAAUGUAACAAAAUGUGGAAAAAGUCAAGGGGUCUGAAUACUUUCCGAAUGCACUGUAUAUCAGACAGACUGAGGCCAUAAUAAUCUGACAUCAAUGUAGGCAUUCAAGUAAAGUGUCAGCCAUUAUCAUUUACUUGAAUCACCCUCGACUGCAGUGAUUAGUGCUUUUCUAUAGGCCUAACUAACUACUGUCGGUCAUUGUAUAGGUUUCAAUCAUGGUGGUGUGUUGUGGGCGUCACAAUGUGACUUUGGUGGAGGUCAUUAAGGAGGAGGGUGAUGGAAGGUCUCGUAAUGCGCUGGCAGGUGUUUUCUUCCACCAAUCACCACUAGGCCUCGGCCCACUGAACCAUGCCAUAUACCAUAGAACAGGAGAGUGAGGAGAUGACUGGACUGGAAAAUGGCGGCAUUACCUCAACACAGCUAAUUAACAGCAGGGUUGCGUUCAUUAGCCACCAAACUGAAGAAAAUUGACAAAAAAACGGGAGGGACUAGCUGAACUUGUCCAACUUGUCAGGCUCUCUUUCUCUCUCUCUCAUUUUCUCUCUCUCUCUCUCUCUCUUCUCUCUCUCUCUCUCUCUCUCUCUCUCUCUCUCUCUCUCUCUCUCUCUCUCUCUCUCUCUCUCUCUCUUUGUGGCAGGAGGUCCCAGCUGCCAGCAACAUCACCCACCUAGAGGUGGACCUCAACGUGUCCCCUAGGGACGGCCUCCCUGCCUACCAGUCUGCUGCGCUGGCCGACGAGGGCCACCUGGAGCUCCAAGAGCUGCCAUUCACCCCCGUCCAUGCCCCCAUCAUCACCAUGGGAACACACGCCGCGCCCAGGUGAGCACCAGAGGCCAGGGUCCUUGUCACAGCCAGCGGUUUCACACAUCGGUCCCUCGCCUGCUUUAGGUGCCUCUCAGAACGCCUGCAUGUUAAUGGAAGGAUAGGGUCCUCAAGGUCCUUUAUAUUGACGUUACAAGGAGGUGUCCUGGGACAAAUGGCAUAAACAACGGGACAAAAUGUAUUAGAUAACCGUGACCCUUCAAAGCUAACUACAGCUGGAUUACUAGUACUGUAUCUCAAGUGGUGUUGUGUCAUUUAAAGGGCUCUAUCGCCGGCGCUAAUGCAGUUCUACACUAGAACCCUGGUAUUUUACAACCAUGAUAAAUCACUCACAUCUGAUCGGUCAGGCUUGAAUAGCGUUCAUGAUCCACACUUGCGGCUGUUACUCGUGUGAUAAAAGGCUAUUGAAUGCUAACCGGCCUCGCACCGUGGCUUUGAACAUGCCUCAAACACUCUCCUUGUUUAACUGCUGCGUUAUCUCCGUCCAAAGGCUUGGGCAGCAGUCCAUUACAUCACAAUUCUCUACUGUCUUGCUAUCUACCGAGAGAUCAAUGGUUCAGCUAAUUGGUCUAAUGUGCAGUGGGUAGUAUACAGUAGGUGGAACAUUCAGUUAGGAGACAAUUUAGAGGAGUAGGAUCUGCCCCAUUCUAAAAAUAGCAUCUCAAGUGACUAUUUACGAUACAAGACAGUGUGCAGUAGUCAUUUAUAAAGGGGGGCCAUUCUUUAAAUAAUCUGUGAGUACUAACAGCAUACAGUGCCUUGCAAAAGUAUUCAUCCCCCUUGGCAUUUUUCCUAUUUUGUUGCAUUACAACCUGUAAUUUAAAUAGAUUUUUAUUUGCAUUUCAUGUAAUGGACAUACACAAAAUAGUCCAAAUUGGUGAAGUGGAAUGGGAAAAAUAACUUAUUUCAAAAAAAAAAAGAAAAUAGAUAAUGGAAAAAUGGUGCGUGCAUAUGUAUUCACCCCCUUUGCUAUGAAGCCCCUAAAUAAGAUCUGGUUCAGCCAAUUACCUUCAGAAGUCACAUAAUUAGUUAAAUAAAGUCCACCAUGUGCAAUCUAAGUGUCACAUGAUCUGUCACAUGAUCUCAGUAUAUAUACACCUGUUCUGAAAGGCCCCAGAGUCUGCAACACCAAUAAGCAAGGGGCACCACCAAGGAAGCGGCACCAUGAAGACCAAGGAGCUCUCCAAACAGGUCAGGGACAAAGUUGUGGAGAAGUACAGAUCAGGGUUGGGUUAUAAAAAAAAUAUCCGAAACUUUUAACAUCCCACGGAGCACCAUUAAAUCCAUUAUUAAAAAAUGGAAAGAAUAUGGCACCACAACAUACCUGCCAAGAGAGGGCCGCCCACCAAAACUCACGGACCAGGCAAGGAGGGCAUUAAUCAGAGAGGCAACAAAGAGACCAAAGAUAACCCUGAAGGAGCUGCAAAGCUCCACAGCGGAGAUUGGAGUAUCUGUCCAUAGGACCACUUUAAGCCGUACACUCCACAGAGCUGGGCUUUACGGAAGAGUGGCCAGAAAAAAGCCAUUGCUUAAAGAAAGAAAUAAGCAAACACGUUUGGUGUUCGCCAAAAGGUAUGUGGGAGACUCCCCAAACAUAUGGAAGAAGGUACUCUGGUCAGAUGAGACUCAAAUUUAGCUUUUGGGCCAUCAAGGAAAACGCUAUGUCUGGCGCAAACCCAACACCUCUCAUCAACCCGAGAACACCAUCCCCACAGUGAAGCAUGGUGGUGGCAACAUCAUGCUGUGGGGAUGUCAUCGGCAGGGACUGGGAAACUGGUCAGAAUUGAAGGAAUGAUGGAUGGCGUUAAAUACAGGGAAAUUCUUGAGGGAAACCUGUUUCAGUCUUCCAGAGAUUUGAGACUGGGACGGAGGUUCACCUUCCAGCAGGACAAUGACCCUAAGCAUACUGCUAAAGCAACACUUGAGUGGUUUAAGGGGAAACAUUAAAAUGUCUUGGAAUGGCCUAGUCAAAACCCAGACCUCAAUCCAAUUGAAAAUCUGUGGUAUGACUUAAAGAUUGCUGUACACCAGCGGAGCCCAUCCAACUUGAAGGAGCUGGAGCAGUUUUGCCUUGAAGAAUGGGCAUAAAUCCCAGUGGCUAGAUGUGCCAAGCUUAUAGAGACAUACCCCUAGAGACUUGCAGCUGUAAUUGCUGCAAAAGGUGGCUCUACAAAGUAUUGACUUUGGGGGGGUGAAUAGUUAUGCACGCUCAAGUUUUCAGUGUUUUUGUCUUAUUUCUUGUUUGUAUAACAAUAACAAAUAUUUUGCAUCUUCAAAGUGGUAGGCAUGUUGUGUAAAUCAAAUGAUACAAACCCCCCCAAAAAUCCAUUUAAAUUCCAGGUUGUAAGGCAACAAAAUAGGAAAAAUGCCAAGGGGGGUGAAUACUUUCGCAAGCCACUGUAUCUGUUUACUAAAUAGAUAAUAUAGAGCUAAUGUAAUGUAGGCGGUAGGCUAUCAUAAUAAUAGUCAUAAUAUAAUACAGUCAUCGUGUUACAGAGGAAUACCACAUGAGAAAUUACGGCGUGCAAAUAACAGACACGGCAUACGGCGCUCAAACAAACAUUUUACAUUUACAUUUUAGUUAUUUUGCAGACACUCUUAUCCAGAGUGACUUAGAGUAGUGAGUGCAUACAUUUUCAUAUUGUUCUUACUGGUCCCCCGUGGGAAUCGAACCCUCAACCCUGGCGUUGCAAGUGCCAUGCUCUACCUUACUGAGCAAACGAUUGCAUUAGCACAGAAUGAGAUGAAAACAAUUGGCUGGCAUGGAAACCAGUCUUACAGGCUGUGUCCCAAAUGGCACCCAUUAUCUUUGACCAGGGACCAUAAGGGGGCAGUAUACGGUAUAGGUAAUAGAGUGUAAUUUAGGAUAUAGACACAGUGUCUGGAACACAGACAUACGUAGUGCUGUUCACUGGGACGAAAUGUAUGGUACUCUGUCUUUAAAAAAUAUAAAUUCUGAAAGGAAUGACCCACUUAUUUGAGGAGGAUCACUAUGAACUUUAUUAAUUUAAUUUCAAUAAUCACAACUGUGUAUCAGAUUGAACUCCUUUUGAAAUGAAGACAGUGGCUAGAAUAUUAAUCCAAUCGGGGGUGAAUUAAGAUAUUACUUUUGGAGGGGGAGACGGAAGUGUGAAAUUGAUAUAGUCAUGGUAAACUCGCUCAUUUGAUGAGGUCUUUGACAUUCCCCUCCGAAUAAGCCCAAACUGUAAUUAGUUAUAUGAGAGUCUGUUUUUUUAGUAUUACUUUUCAAGUCAAUUUUAUUUACAGAUAUGAUUUGUCAGAUUUGUCUUACUGACAUUGAGUAGUAUCUCGUGGUAAACAACAGGUUGUUCAUUUUCCCUUCCCUGAAUGUGCACUUUAACCAACCAUCUGUGUCUGCUGCUCUGCUACUUAUCAUGCACGGAGUAGUCCAUGUCAAAAUCAAAAAUAUAAGUUAUGGAUGUCAUGGUUUCCGAAAAACAGGUGGGCCACUGUGAUUAGAGAUAACUACAGAUUAUGGUGUAAAUCCUAAGGGAGCGUUUUGGCACCGGUCCUCCUCUCCCCCAGAAGGGAUUCUCUCUUCGUGUGUUAUCGCUGAACAGGAUGGGGAUGCCAACAUCCUCAAACCAUCUUAAUCAUUCUCCCUCCAUGUUUCGAACGCAAACCUGAGUACUAGGGUUGGGGUCAAUUACUCUCUUCGUGAAUUGAAUAUAGUAUAGUGACUAUAGAGUAUAGUAUAAGGACUAUUUCACUGGAAUUGACCCUAACCCCUGCCUUGUACUGGCUAAUUCCCAUGUCACUGUGUUUUUCCAUUACGUUUGGUUGCUAAUACAAAUUGCUAAGUACUCUCUAGGGCUGUGUCUGAAAUGAGACCAUUUUCCCUAGUAUGUAGUGCACUACUUUUGGCCAGAGCCUCAUGGGCUUCCUAAGGGGCUCUGGCCAAAAGUAGUGCACUAUAUAGGGAAUAGGAUCGAUGCCAUUUCAGACGCAGCCUAGAUUGUUCUUUUUGUUUGAUGAUUGUUUCCUCUUAUUUUGCAGCUCUUCCUCUGUGAGUUCCAGGAGCUCCCUGGCCCACCUCUACUCAGCCGGUUUCCCCCACAUCACAGACCCCAGUGGGGUGGUGGCUGAAGUGCUGGACCCGACAGAACCAGUCAACUUUGACCCCCAGAGAGAGGAGGUGGAUCCCCUGCAGGGCAAUGUGCUCCUGCUGCAGUUUCUGGCAUUUUCCAGGUGAACCCACAGCCGUCUGGUCAUGAUUGGGGCGCUACGGCACCAUGCAUAAACAUCACCCGCGUAGUGUAGGCUGAAAUUGAUUCUAACCAGCAUGUUAUGUACUCUAUUGUACUGUACAUUGUCUUCCAACGUUCAUAUAGGAUGGAUUUGCCCUGUGCAUCCAGAAUGCAAUGCAAGUGUAAGGGUGUAUCCUAACUUCAGUCAAAUGUUUACUUUGUCAUGCAUUGAUUUCAAUGGGCGAAUAAGUGAACAUUUGACUUAAGUGGACGCUAGGAUUCGCCCCAUAGUGACGAAACCACAUAUGAGGAUUUGUGAUUGACUAUUUUUGUCUGCAAAUAAGAAUAAUGGGCUUGAAAAAAUAUAUAUUUUAUAUGAGCCUCCACACCAUUUGUAUUAAAAUAUAAGAAGAGACAUUCCUGUGUGCACUUGGUCGCUAGCCAAGGACAUACGGUGCUUUGUGAUGUUGACGUCCAGCCAAGAUUACUUCAGUGCACUUACACACACUUACUCUUGGCGGUUUAAGGCUCACACGCACGCAUGAAAACAUACACACACACACGAAAACACACACACAAAGCCUUGUCAAAGACAUCCCAGUUCCUGCAGCUGUCCCCUCUGCCAAAGCCUGACUUUUAUUUUGUCAUCAGCUCUGUCAUCCCCAAGAUAUAGGCAUCAGGCAUUUGUCAUAUGCAUCAUCGACGGCCCUGCGAGUAAAGGUACAGCCACUUCUUUUGUGGCUGCAGCUUUGAGGCUUCAGUGCAGUUUGAAACAUAAUGGUAGCUUUUAUGUUUUGACAAUAACCGCUUUGACUGAAUUGCAGGCUGCCAAUUUACAGUAGUCUACCACACAUAAAAGGAAUCAACAGAUACUGCUCAAAAUUGCCAUAAGUGGGGAGAAAUUAGGGAUGUGACAUUUGUAAUAAAAAAAAGAGUAUUUUACUUAAUAAAGCUCGAUGUUAUCCUUUUUCCUGCCAUCUCAGCUGCUCAUUUUCACUAAAACAAUUUCAACCACCUCACAAAUACAUACUUCAUGCCAACUUGAAGGCUCUCCAAGUAUCCCCGGUACUCGCGGCUCGCUCCGAAACAACACACUUUCUUUCCCUAACAAACUUGAUAAAUGGGUACAGCGGGCAAGGGGGAUAGACUGCGUCUCUCUCUACGAUGCUGUAAUUAUCAAUCUUGUCUGUUUACUGGAAGAAUAUUCAUGUCCAGCUGUGUCAGAAAUGGCACCCUAUUCCCUAUAUAGCGCACUGUGCCCUAUAUAGGGAGCCAUUUGGGACACAACGCCAAUCUCUGUAGCCAUGUAGAGACAUUAGCUUGUGCCGGCCUCUUUAUUUUACAUUUUAGUCAUUUAGCAGACAUUUUAGCCAUUUAGCAGACGCUCUUAUCCAGAGCGACUUACAGUUAGUGAGUGCAUACAUUUUUUCAUACUGGCCCCCGUGGGAAAUGAACCCACAACCCUGGCGUUGCAAGCGCCAUGCUCUACCAACUGAGCUACACGGGGCCUUUAUCACGGGAACCUCAGCCUGUGUGAAUCUCCGGGGUCAGACUUUGCUCUUAUUAAAUUCCACUUCAACGUGGUGGUUUUGAUACCGUUCGUGCUCGGUGGGCCUCACAGUGGCUGCCUCUCCCUAAACGCUUCUCCCCCCUUUAUAUAAUGCCCAAUGAUUGAUUGCUAAUCUUCUCGCAGGGAAAUGGAGAAGUAAUCGUUUCCGUCCCUAAUCUCACUCGCAGCUAAUUUAUUCCUAGCACCAAGACUGAGGGGACGGCGGGCGAGAGUUUGGGCCCACCCACGGUUUGGAGAGUAUGUGUGUAGAGAGUGUGUGUGUGUUUAGUGCUAAUACGCUCAGAGGGUGGUCAUUUUAAGUUGUGUGAAAUAGAAGAAAGUUGAGGACUUAUUUAGAUUAAAUCUCUCUACCACCUAUAGUUGAUUUCUCGACUAGGACAAAAACUACAUUCCUCUUGCUCUGAAAGAAAGUACAUUUGGUCCCAUCAUCAAAACGCUGCUACGAUAUUUUUUUUAAAUCUCACUGCCAAUCAGAACAAGCAUGCUUUCUCAUUGCACAGAAAAUGUUACUAAAAUAGUAUUUUACCCCCGGUUACAGGGUUACAACAGGUUUUGAUAGGGUAGGGCCAGAUGAAUCCAUCCAUGGUUGGAAAAGGUGUGAUGCUGUAGGCCUAUAGCUGCUAAGAGGGCACCUUUUCUAUCAGCCUCUGAUUUAUGUUUUUUUUAUUAAGUGAUUUAGCCCUCCUAAACCCAGAACACUUGGUUUUAAGGAACUAUAAAAAGGACGGGGAUAUGGGUAAAAAAAAUGAUUUUUGUUUCCAGGAACGAAGCUGUAUGAUUGACUGAUCUGACUCUCUGAUUCAAUUUGAUUUAAUUACAUGUUUAAAUGGGUGUUAUUAAAUCCUAAAUGUGCUUCUGCCACUGCACAUGGAUUGGUUCGGGAAAAAAAUUAUCAUACUUGGCAGGAGCUCAGCGAUGACAUUCCAAGUAGAACGUAAUAUUAAAGUGAAUAUAAUAUAUGCCUGAGUACUGUGUGGAGUAGCAGUCUUUAUUAUCACCCAAGGGGCAAUUUGCUAUGCAGAAAGUAGACAAAUUCUGUACUCGGACAACAUAUAGAAUAUACAGUGGGGAAAAAAAGUAUUUAGUCAGCCACCAAUUGUGCAAGUUCUCCCACUUAAAAAGAUGAGAGAGGCCUGUAAUUUUCAUUUUCAUUUUCAAAAAUCCAGAAAAUCACAUUGUAGGAUUUUUAAUGAAUUUAUUUGCAAAUUAUGGUGGAAAAUAAGUAUUUGGUCGCCUACAAACAAGCAAGAUUUCUGGCUCUCACAGACCUGUAACUUCUUCUUUAAGAGGCUCCUCUGUCCUCCACUCGUUACCUGUAUUAAUGGCACCUGUUUGAACUUGUUAUCAGUAUAAAAGACACCUGUCCACAACCUCAAACAGUCACACUCCAAACUCCACUAUGGCCAAGACCAAAGAGCUGUCAAAGGACACCAGAAACAAAAUUGUAGACCUGCACCAGGCUGGGAAGACUGAAUCUGCAAUAGGUUAGCAGCUUGGUUUGAAGAAAUCAACUGUGGGAGCAAUUAUUAGGAAAUGGAAGACAUACAAGACCACUGAUAAUCUCCCUCGAUCUGGGGCUCCACGCAAGAUCUCACCCUGUGGGGUCAAAAUGAUCACAAGAACGGUGAGCAAAAAUCCCAGAACCACACAGGGGGACCUAGUGAAUGACCUGCGACCAAAGUAACAAAGCCUACCAUCAGUAACACACUACGCCGCCAGGGACUCAAAUCCUGCAGUGCCAGACGUGUCCCCCUGCUUAAGCCAGUACAUGUCCAGGCCCGUCUGAAGUUUGCUAGAGUGCAUUUGGAUGAUCCAGAAGAGGAUUGGGAGAAUGUCAUAUGGUCAGAUGAAACCAAAAUAUAACUUUUUGGUAAAAACUCAACUCGUCGUGUUUGGAGGACAAAGAAUGCUGAGUUGCAUCCAAAGAACACCAUACCUACUGUGAAGCAUGGGGGUGGAAACAUCAUGCUUUGGGGCUGUUUUUCUGCAAAGGGACCAGGACGACUGAUCCGUAUAAAGGAAAGAAUGAAUGGGGCCAUGUAUCGUGAGAUUUUGAGUGAAAACCUCCUUCCAUCAGCAAGGGCAUUGAAGAUGAAACGUGGCUGGGUCUUUCAGCAUGACAAUGAUCCCAAACACACCGCCCGGGCAACGAAGGAGUGGCUUCGUAAGAAGCAUUUCAAGGUCCUGGAGUGGCCUAGCCAGUCUCCAGAUCUCAACCCCAUAGAAAAUCUUUGGAGGGAGUUGAAAGUCUGUGUUGCCCAGCGACAGCCCCAAAACAUCACUGCUCUAGAGGAGAUCUGCAUGGAGGAAUGGGCCAAAAUACCAGCAACAGUGUGUGAAAACCUUGUGAAGACUUACAGAAAACUUUUGACCUGUGUCAUUGCCAACAAAGGGUAUAUAACAAAGUAUUGAGAAACUUUUGUUAUUGACCAAAUACUUAUUUUCCACCAUAAUUUGCAAAUAAAUUCAUAAAAAAUCCUACAAUGUGAUUUUCUGGAGAAAAAAAUUCUCAUUUUGUCUGUCGUAGUUGACGUGUACCUAUGAUGAAAAUUACAGGCCUCUCUCAUCUUUUUAAGUGGGAGAACUUGCACAAUUGGUGGCUGACUAAAUACUUUUUUUCCCCACUAUAUACAACAUAAAGACUAUAAAUAUAGCCAAGCAAAAAUGUAAACAAUUCAUAAAAAAUCAAGAUGGCCUACUUUAACUGAUAUAGCCUUUAGCGUAAUAGUAAUAGUAUAGUUUAUUGAGAAUAGUGAAUGUGGUAUACAUUGUAGACUAAGUCAGGGUUAAAAACUGUGAAUAGCACCUACUGUAUGUUGGAGUACAUAAAGUCUACGUCAUAUAACAGUAGGGUUUAGUGUGAAUAGACGCUGUGUUGUAGUGUGUGAAGUAAUGUUGUGUGAAUAGUGUGCACUACAGUACAUGCAGUUACAUCAUGUCAUGUAAGGGUUUAUAGUGUGCACAGGAGCUACAGAAUGUCGCAGUAUUUAAAGUAAUAGUCAGUCUAAAUACUGUACACUACAGUACAUGAAGUCUACAUCAUGUAAUGAAAGGGUUUAGCAUAAAUAUACUUUGUAACCUUUGUUUCCUCUCUUCCUGUUUUCCCACAGGAUACCACAACAGGGGGUGAGCAGCGACUGGCCAGACUCUGUCCAUUUCACCUUCCAGCUCUACCGCUUCCCGCCAGUGACCACACAGCGCCUGAAACUACUGGGUAUCGACAAGCUGCCGAAGAAAUCCAGCGAGACGCCACCCUGUGUCCUGGCCAUCAUUAACAAGGAUGGAACAGUCAACUCUGGUAAGGGGGGACCAGAGGAACCAUUUUGAACUGUACUAACCAGACCUGAAUUCAAAAACGAUUUUAAAAAAUGUCAAAUACUUUAGCUGGGCUUGAUUGAGCUUGCCUGGCGCAAUGGAACCAGUAGAAUAGUUGUGCUAACCUGCAAACCCCACCGAUCUGGCACUCCAAGCAGGCUAAAGAAAAAACGAAAAGUAUUUCAAAUAGUAUUUGAACCCAUGUCUGUUGAAUAUACUAGAAUACAACAUCAUUUUCAUGUGAUGAUUUGCAAACACUCUUAUUCAAUCACAGAGCUCAUUUUGAUUGAAUCAUUCCUUUAUUCAUGCAUAGGGCCUAACGAAACGGCCUAGAUAUUAUUACCGGUACUGAGUGGGUUCAUCCCAAAUAGCACCCUUUCCCUAUAUAGUGCACCAUUUCUGAUCAGGCCCUAUAGGGCUCUGAUCAAAGGUAGUGCACUAUAUAGGGAAUAGGGUGCCAUUUGGAAUGCAGUCCCUGAGUGAUAUUGAAUGACACCCCUGCUCCUAUCCCACGCCCACCUCCUUCUCUGCACCCACCCAUGAUGUGUGCCCAGAACAUAUUGUACAUGAUCAUGAACACAUUUACAUAUGUAUGCAAGCUGCAAGUUUCCCUCUUUCUCUCUCUCUCUCUGUAUAACUGUAUUACAGAUUUAGGAUCUUAAUUUGACCACUCUUUUGUUGCUGAGAAUUUUCCUGCACAUCAGGAAAUCCAAACUUGUAGUGUAUUUGAGUUUUAAAAAGGCUUCUAAAUUUUGUAAUUUCCACUUAAAAUUUUGACUUGAUUUGCCCUAACAAAAAAUGUAUCAACCCCUACAAAAAUUGCCAUUAAUUUUAAUUCACAUUUCCUGUUGUUGCAGGAUUUUUUUCCUGCUGUAGCAAACUGGCUCAAAUUAAGAUCCUACAUCUGUAGCAACCUGAGCAGGAUCGAAUUCUCUUUAGCAUGCAAGAUGUGUCUUCAAGCCUAAGAUAUCAUAAAAGCUGCUUUUCUCGGAAGCUCUUAGACCAGACAUGAUGUACUGUACCAUGGCAGCAUGAAAGAUAUACAGCAAGGUAGUACAGCUGCUAGUGACGUCGAGGGUGACAUGGCUGCACCGAGGUGGCCUCGCACUACCUAGGUACCCAGCAGGCCACAGGGGCUGAGAACAUGAGUCAUAGGGAUUACAUUUACAUUUACGUCAUUUAGCAGACGCUCUUAUCCAGAGCGACUUACAAAUUGAUGACAGGGGAUACAUCCCAAAUAGCACCCUAUUCCCUAUAGAGCCCAGGUCAAAAGUAAUGCAUGCACUACAUAGGGAAUAGGGUGCCAGGGCUUGUUGGGCUUUUCUUUUUCCGUUCACCAUUGUGGGAAUAAGAUCAUGUUCUUACAUCUGCGUCUGGUCAUUUUGUUAUUUUUUAUUUUAUAAAAAUGUUUUACCCCCUUUUCCUCCCCAAUUUCAAUCUUGUCUCAUCGCUGCAACUCCCCAACGGGUUCAGGAGGCGAAGGUCGAGUCGUGCGUCCUCUGAAACAUGACCCACCAAUCCGCGCUUCUUAACACCCGCCCGCUUAACCCGGAAGCUAGCCGCACCAAUGUGUCAGAGGAAACACUGUUCAACUGACGACCGAGGUCCGCCUGCAGGCGCAAGGAGUCGCUAGAGCGUGAUGAGUGAAGUAAAGCCCCCCCGGCCAAACCCUCCCCUAACCCGAACGACGCUGGGCCAAUUGUGCGCCGCCCUAUGGGACUCCCGAUCACGGCCGGUUGUGAUACAGCCUGGGAUCAUUCCCAGGUCUGUAGUGACGCCUCUAGCAUUGCGAUGCAGUGCCUUAGACCGCUGCGCCACUCGGGAGGCCCCUGCGUCUGGUCUUUUGAUUAUUACUUUUUUUAACCCUUAAUGAAACAUUGGUGUAACCUUGGUAUAACAUUGAUUGUUGAUGGGGGGUUUGAAGGGUUGCUUUGGUGUUUGAUGUGUUAUGUACUAACGAGGCACUGUGUACGAGACGUUCGCACCUUGCUUCAAUACACACAGGCAAACACGAGCACACACACACACAAAUUCAUUAGAUUAAUCGGAAUUCGAUGCCUUAAAUAGGCCAUUUUCAAAUCAUUAGCCUAAUUUAAUGUGAGCUCUUAUCCUGAAUUGACCUUAUAGGACCGUAUGUGUGUGUGCACUAGGGCUGGGAAUUACCAGGGAGCUCACAAUGCGAUAUUAUCACGAUACUUAGGUGCCGAUACGAUAUGUAUUGCAAUUCUCACGAUUCUAUAUAUAUAUUGCGAUUCAAUACUGUGAUUUUAUUGCGAUUUGAUGUUUCAAACAUAUUACUCACCAUAUGUCUUCUGCAGAGGGACAAGAGAGCGCCAUGAGAACAAGUUUUGAUCAGUCAUGGAAAUAAAAGUGCUGAAAACAAAUUGGCUCCCUAUUUAAAAAGAAGCUGGAGAACAUUUUACAUUUACAUUUUAGUCAUUUAGCAGACGCUCUUAUCCAGAGCGACUUACAUGAGCAAUUAGGGUUAAGUGCCUUGCUCAAGGGCACAUCGACAGAGUUUCACCUAGUCGGCUCGGGGAUUAGAACCAGCGACCUUUCGGUUACUGGCACAACGCUCUUAACCACUAAGCUACCUGCCGCCCAGGUACAGCCAACUAGCGCAAAAAUAAUAUUGCGAUAUUGUCAAAACGAUAUGAUAUAUCGUCAAAAACAAUAUCCCGAUAUGUAACUAUAGAUUUUUCCCCCAUCACUAGUAUGCACAUGUGAGUUAGUAUGAGUCCAUAUGAGUGUGUAUGCUUUCUCUGUGUUUAAAUGUGUAAAUGUGUACGUAUUCGUGUGUCCCUCCCCCCUCCUCAUUGUGGUGUAUCAUUCAUAGAAAUAGAAUUACUACUAUGGGUACACUAAAUAUGGCCGCCGGACCACCCAUUACAGAGCCAUUGACUUGAAUGGGGAUGCGGUUCUAGUAAUUCUAUCUUCAUGGUAUCAUUUCCCUCUUCCCAGGCUCCCCGGGGCUCCAGCUGCAGUUCCGUGUGGACGGGGCGUUCUUGCAGCCGGGCGAGAGACGCUGGUUCCUGCGCUACCUGGCCCUGCACACUCUGCAGGUGGACGUGUGGGACAGCCAAUCCCUCCUGCUUAUCGGCUCCACAGCCCUGGGGCUCAAGGUACAGUAAGACAGAGGUUGAAGGUCAAUGCCUAUUAGCCUCACCUCACAUGGUCAGAUGGCACACUCUGACUGGCAGUUGUCCUUGUUUGUUUCUACCACACAUGACACCCUAUAUUUCACUAUAUCUAGCCUGGGUGCUGGCACACUGGCUAUCGCACUACUUUUGACCAGGCUCACCCAAUUUGCCAUAAAGUGCUCUACUUUUGGCCAGACUCAUCCCAUUUGCCAUAGUGGUAUAUACAAUGCAACACUUUUGGUCAGAGCCAUUGUGAGAUAUUUUUAAUUGAAUGGAAUAUUUAUGUCCAGUAGGGCUGACCCCAAUUAGUCGACUGGUGGAUUUUUGGUCGAUAGGCUGUUGGUCGACCCUAAAAAAAAAUGUAGUCGAGCAUUAGAAAAGAUAUACAAAAUGUAUGGCACACGAGACACCUGUCUAAUUCGUUCCCAUCUCAGUGAACUAAUCCAUUGCGGAGGCCGAGACUAAUCCAUUGUGGAGGCCGCGGGGAUGGCAGAGUCCAAGAAGAAGAGGAGUGUGGCUAAGAUUACACAAUGUCUCUCUCCAGAAUGCGCUCUCUCCCAUCAAUUUGUGCACAUUCACUGUUUCAUAACUUAAUUGUGUGAAUUGUUUGCGUUUGAUUGUUAGUCUAUCAAUUCCCCAUUACCUACAUCACCAGUAGUACAUUUACCGUUAAUUCCUAUAAUCUCUAAUCUACAAGGUUUGUUUGGUUACAGUAAUUUCAAUUAAUGCAUUCAAUAUAUUAUUAUUCCAGUCUCUUACCGUUCUCAUUGUCAGACUGGACAUGUUGUUUGCAGAGCGCACAACCUAUGCUACACUUGUGAGAAACAAGUUUUGGUUUUGGUCAGUCAGUGCUAAGCAGACUUAUGGAAUUGUUUUAAGAUGGUCAUACGAUGGAUCAUUUAGCUAUUUGAUUUUGAUUUUUUUUACACAUUUUAUCCCUUUUUUAGGGUAGGCACAAAACUACCUUCAUACUUCAGUUCGUUUUUAAAUCCGGUACCUUCAGACGAGUCCUGUGAAACUUGUGGGUGUCAAAACGGAGAACACCAUCGUGUCCGUGAGAAUCUCCCCUUACCACAGUGGGGUCCCAUUAGUUUGUAGCCCAAUCGGUUCGGAAGCUACCAAACAGAAGUUGGCACAUCGACGGUACCGACUUCAGACAAGUCUCCUGACACGGGGAACACCAUCGUGUUCAUGAGAGUCUCGCCUUUCCAUAGAGUGGUCAUAAUAGUUUGUAGGUCAAACCGUUCUGACAUUUUCGUGAGAAGACCGGUUUUCGGGAUGUCUCAUGGUCUGACAAACACUGCUCUAGCUUUGCCACUGACUCCUCGUGUAGCCUAUUACCGGCAACUUCAGGAGAGUAACGGCAGAAUCUGCGAAAGCCAGUAGGAGCGGAAGACGGAUGGUCGGGUCAGGUUAAGGUUUUUAUCUUCUGGUUAUCUUGAUCUGCCUCUCCUGUCUCUGUGCAGCAUAUGUUGCAUCAGUAGUUUGGCUGGUGUUGUGUCUCCGUGCAGCGUAUGUUGUGUCAGGGCCAUUCUGCCUGAUUGUUUGGAUCUGAACGCGCCCCUAUCUCUGCCCCCGAUCUCUGAACGCGCCCCUAUAUUGUUGUGUCUCUGAACGCUCCUCUGUGUCUCCGCGCAGAAUAUGUUGUGUCAGGGUCGUCCUGCUUGUUUGUUUGUUUGUGUUGUGUCUCUAAGCGCCCCUAUCUUGUUGUGUCUCUGAACGUGCCCCUGCAUCUCUGUGUCUUCAUUCAGCAUAUGUUGAGGCAGGGCCGUCCGGCUGUACAGGCCACUCAUGAGCUGGAGGUCAUCACCACAGAGUACAUGGGCGAAGGCGUGCCGGUGAGCCUGCACCGGGCCCCCACCCCUAUCAGCGUCUUCACCACCAUCAAGGGUCGGCUCCAUCUGCGCCUGGGCAACGUGGGUAAGGGCGAGAGCACUGCAUUUAUUACUGAAGUAUAUCCAUCUACUCUUCUAUCCAUCCAUCACUCUUGAUUGUCUCACCUUUUUACUAUCAAUUACGAUGAAUUGUGUUACAGUUGUAACCAGGUAUCAAUAACAGGAAACAUAAACUAGAACAGUGAAGUGGUACGGUUGGUGAGGCGUUGCGUUCCACAGAGAGUUAAGGUAGAAGUAAGUACACCGACUCUAUUUCCCUUCAACACAUGGUUGGCUGAGUUUUAGGAAGAGCACACUCACACUGUCUACCAGGACAAUAUGGAAAGGGAUAAGGAGUCUGGAGAGCACACGUACUGUAACUAACUACAGACUUGGAUGGGAGCACACAGUAGUAAGGCUUGAUUGGAUUUCACUUACGCUACAGUACAAUGUAUGCUUGGGUGACAUUGGGUGAGAGCGUUGUAGUCUAUGUGUUGGACUUACACUAGUUUUGAGACACAACGUCCGCGUGUCAAGCAGUUAUCCAAUUGAAGUGUUUAAGCCCUACAGUGUCACGGCAGCUGUUGAUAGUUUUGCUGUUCAUCGUCGUAAGAAAUAAUACCCACUCAUAAACAGUACAUAUCACCGUCGGGCCUCGAAAAGCCCAAUUUUCCAACAGAGUAAAUUGUGGUUCUAAUACGACUCGCUUCCUCCCUGCUUAUCUCCUAAAGCAGGGUAAGAGCGCGGUGAGAAAUUGGAAACGUCUGGCAUGUAAUUUCCAAUCAAGACUUAGAUAUCCAUCAGGCCCGGCUCUGUCUCCCAGCAGCCGACAGUUGGAAUCAAUUUACAGACGAGGAUGCCCAUGAAUCAGCCCUGUGCACACCGAGCACCUCCAUCUCUCCCUCUCUAGCGCCCUCUCUUUCUCUUCCUCUCUCCCUCUCUCCCUGUCUCUGAAGCUCUCUCUCUCUAGCUGUUUCACUCCCUACCUACCUCACUCACUCUCUCUUGUCCUCUCUCUCUUCCUCUCUCUAGCUCACUCCAUCUCUUUCUCUCUCUUGCUAACUCUAAUUCUCUCUCCAUCCCCCCCUUCCUCUGUUGGCUCUCAUCAAGCCUUAAUGAAUCUCUCAUCUUAUUUGAUCCUCUGUGAGAGAUUGUCAUUAGCGUGUUUGAGGGAGAGCUGGAUUGACCUAAUGCCAAGACAGAUGGAGGUGGUGGAGAGAGUGUUCUGUUCUGUUAGGGGCCCUGGUGAGCUUCACUCUUUCUCAGCACAGUACCCCAAUAACGAUGGGGGGGUAUCUCUCAGAGUGGAAACGAGAGAGAGACAGGGGUGGGAAGAGUGAAGGAAAGAGAGAGACCGAGAGAGAUCGAGGAGGUGGAGUGAGAGAAGACCAAAAAGUUCAGAGAGAAUAGGGGGGAGUGUUUGAACUAGUUAUGGCUGAGGCUGUGCUUUGGUGUUUUAAUGUCUUGGUUGUUUUGUUGGUGAUUUGUUUUCGGUAGCUCUAUUGUUACAUCAUAUGAUGAUUGGUGGUACCUGUGUUGUAUGUAGCCUGGUCACAGAUAUAUUUGCUUUUGUUAACUCCAUUGCUGUCAUUGUCAAGCCAAACAGUUGUCUAGAGAGCAGAAACAGCCUGGCACCCAUACUAUGGUAUAUGCGUGUGUCAUCUGGAUUUUGGUUAAUGAAAAUGUCUACAUUCCUGUAUGCUCCUGAAGUCACUGGUUAGUUAAGCGGCCGUCUCUCUGUUCUAAUUUUAUGGCUUUCAUUCAUGCGUGCUAUUAAUCAUGUAUUUCCUACAGCCUGCUUGGAAUUAAUCAGAAUUAGCCUUUAUUGGAAACAAAGUCAAAUCAAAGUUUAUUUGUUGCAUACACAGUUGAGCAGAUGUUAUAGUGAUAGAUAGAUAUAUACAGUGCAUUCAGAAAGUAUUUAAACCCUUUGACUUUUUCCACAUUUUGUUAUGUUACAGCCUUAUUCUAAAAUGGAUUAAAUCGUUUUUACCCCCUCAUCAAUCUACACACAAUACCCCAUAAUGACAAAGCAAAAACUGUUUUUUUGAAAAUGUAUAUAACAUUUACAUAAGUAUUCAGACACUUUGUUGACGCACCUUUGGCAGCGAUUACAGCCUUGAGUCUUCUUGGGUAUGAUGCUACAAGCUUGGCACACCUGUAUUUGGGGAGUUUCUCCCAUUCUUCUCUGCAGAUCCUCUCAAGCUCUGUCAGGUUGGAUGGGGAGCGUCGCUUCACAGCUAUUUUCAGGUCUCUCCAGAAAUGUUUGAUUGGGUUCAAGUGAUCAGAAGUAUGUGGACACCUGCUCGUCGAACAUCUCAUUCCAAAAACAUGGGCAUUAAUAUGGAGUUGGUCCGCCCUUUGCUGCUAUAACAUCCUCCACUCUUCUGGGAAGGCUUUCCACUAGAUGUUGGAACAUUGCUGCGGGUACUUGCUUCCAUUCAGCCAGCUCCACAGCGGAGAUUGGAGUAUCUGUCCAUAGGACCACUUUAAGCCGUACACUCCACAGAGCUGGGCUUUACAGAAGAGUGGCCAGAAAAAAGCCAUUGCUUAAAGAAAUUAAUAAGCAAACACGUUUGGUGUUCGCCAAAAGGCAUGUGGGAGACGCCCCAAACAUAUGAAUAGUUAUGCACGCUCAAGUUUUCAGUUUUCUUGUCUUAUUUCUUGUUUAUUUCUUGUUUAUUUUGCAUCUUCAAAGUGGUAGGCAUGUUGUGUAAAUCAAAUGAUACAACCCCCCCCAAAAAAAUCUUUUCCACAUUCAUUGUUGGGAAAGGCCCGUAUGUAAGCAUUUCACUGUUAGUCUACACCUGUUGUUUACAAAACAUUUGAUUUGAUUUGGUGUGAUUGUGGUAACGUACAGGAACUCAAGCCCUUUUGUUCUCCCGAUCUGUAAUACCUCACCAUAAAAUGCAGACCGUAUUACCUCAGAGAUAAAGAAAUUAGGUCAUUGUCACUACCGUGUAUAUUUCCCCCCGAAGCCAAAUCUCAAGGAACUACACUGGAUUAUGUGCAAACUGGAAAUCGCAUUUCUAGAGGCCUCAUUUAUUGUAGCUUGGGACUUUAAAGUGGAACUGACAGCGUUUCUGUUCAUAUACACCACCAGGAAGAAUGACACCUUUUUUGGGGGGGACAAGCGAGCAUAUAGUCAUUUUCACAUUUUCAUACUUUCAUAGAAUGUUUUUAUUUUUUAGGGGGUAGAUCAGCUUUAAUAUUUCAGAUAGAUUGUAACUUCCAUCAAUGUAAUUGUCUGCAUCACUUCCAAUCCCCCAUAUGUUUUUUUCUCUCGCAAAUAUAUAUAUAUAUAUUAAGGUGGAAAAUAAGUAUUUGGUCAAUAACAAAAGUUUCUCAAUACUUUGUUAUAUACCCUUUGUUGGCAAUGACACAGGUCAAACGUUUUCUGUAAGUCUUCACAAGGUUUUCACACACUGUUGCUGGUAUUUUGGCCCAUUCCUCCAUGCAGAUCUGCUCUAGAGCAGUGAUGUUUUGGGGCUGUCGCUGGGCAACACGGACUUUCAACUCCCUCCAAAGAUUUUCUAUGGGGUUGAGAUCUGGAGACUGGCUAGGCCACUCCAGGACCUUGAAAUGCUUCUUACGAAGCCACUCCUUCGUUGCCCGGGCGGUGUGUUUGGGAUCAUUGUCAUGCUGAAAGACCCAGCCACGUUUCAUCUUCAAUGCCCUUGCUGAUGGAAGGAGGUUUUCACUCAAAAUCUCACGAUACAUGGCCCCAUUCAUUCUUUCCUUUACACGGAUCAGUCGUCCUGGUCCCUUUGCAGAAAAACAGCCCCAAAGCAUGAUGUUUCCACCCUCAUGCGUCACAGUAGGUAUGGUGUUCUUUGGAUGCAACUCAGCAUUCUUUGUCCUCCAAACACGACGAGUUGAGUUUUUACCAAAAAGUUAUAUUUUGGUUUCAUUUGACCAUAUGACAUUCUCCCAAUCCUCUUCUGGAUCAUCCAAAUGCACUCUAGCAAACUUCAGACGGGCCUGGACAUGUACUGGCUUAAGCAGGGGGACACGUCUGGCACUGCAGGAUUUUAGUCCCUGGCGGCGUAGUGUGUUACUGAUGGUAGGCUUUGUUACUUUGGUCCCAGCUCUCUGCAGGUCAUUCACUAGGUCCCCCGUGUGGUUCUGGGAUUUUUGCUCACCGUUCUUGUGAUCAUUUUGACCCCACGGGGUGAGAUCUUGCAAGCUCCCUCCAAAGAUGUUCUAUUGGGUUCAGGUUUGGCUAGGCCACUCCAGGACCUUGAGAUGCUUCUUACGGAGCCACUCCUUAGUUGCCCUGGCUGUGUGUUUCAGGUCGUUGUCAUGCUGGAAGACCUUCUCCCAUUCCUCCUCUGGAUCAUCCAGAUGGUCAUUGGCAAACUUCAGACGGGCCUGGACAUGCGCUGGCUUGAGCAGGGGGAUUUUAAUCCAUGACGGCGUAGUGUGUUACUAAUGGUUUUCUUUGAGACUGUGGUCCCAGCUCUCUUCAGGUCAUUGACCAGGUCCUGCCGUGUAGUUCUGGGCUGAUCCCUCACCUUCCUCAUGAUCAUUGAUGCCCCACGAGGUGAGAUCUUGCAUGGAGCCCCAGACCGAGGGUGAUUGACCGUCAUCUUGAACUUCUUCCAUUUUCUAAUAAUUGCGCCAACAGUUGUUGCCUUCUCACCAAGCUGCUUGCCUAUUGUCCUGUAGCACAUCCCAGCCUUGUGCAGGUCUACAAUUUUAUCCCUGAUGUCCUUACACAGCUCUCUGGUCUUGGCCAUUGUGGAGAGGAGAGUCUGUUUGAUUGAGUGUGUGGACAGGUGUAUUUUAUACAGGUAACGAGUUCAAACAGAUGCAGUUAAUACAGGUAAUGAGUGGAGAACAGGAGGGCUUCUUAAAGAAAAACUAACAGGUCUGUGAGAGCCGGAAUUCUUACUGGUUGGUAGGUGAUCAAAUACUUAUGUCAUGCAAUAAAAUGCAAAUUAUUUACUUAAAAAUCAUACAAUGUGAUUUUCUGGAUUUCUGUUUUAGAUUCCGUCUCUCACAGUUGAAGUGUACCUAUGAUAAAAAUUACAGACCUCUACAUGCUUUGUAAGUAGGAAAACCUGCAAAAUCGGCCGUGUAUCAAAUACUUGUUCUCCCCACUGUAUAUAUGUAUAUAUGCGAGAAAAGAAAAAAAACAUAUGGGGGAUUGGAAGUGAUGCAGACAAUUACAUUGAUGGAAGUUACAAUCUAUCUGCAAUAUUAAAGCUGAUAUACCCCCUAAAAAAGAAAAAAGAAAAAAAUCUACGAUUUUUGGAAGCCGAAGACAGCGACCUCCCGCAAAGCAGUCUACACUCCCAACGAGAGGCCCGGAGCGGAUACAAACAACGAAUAGUUUUGCCGUCCUGGAGCCUGCCUGAUCUUCCUGCACCUUCAUCGCUGGGGAUGCCUGUGUCUGCGGCCGCAGUGCCGAUUCUAUCAUAGUCCAUGUGGGUUUUAAUGACAUUUUGAAAGGCAGCUCUUAACAGUUGAAACUGGAUUUUAAAGAGCUGAUUGACUCUCUGCUAGACACUAACAAAAAACCCAUCAUAUCUGGCCCUGUGCCCUCUGCAUCGUGGCAUUGAACGCUAGCAGGAUUCUUGCUCUUCACAACUGGCUACGUGAUUAAUGGGUGUAACUUUAGUUGACAAUUUCGAUACCUUUUGGAAACAAAACACGUUUUAUAAGGAGGAUGGGAUCCACCCAAAUCAUUUGGGUUCCUGGAUCCUUUCACAGCAUUAUAAUGCUGCGUUGAGACAAUGACUUAACAAUGACCCAAGCCCAGCUCAGCUAAUCCUACCAUUGUGACGCAGAGUUGUCAAAACGCUUCAGCAAAUGUACAUUACACCAGGGGCGGCGGUAGACACAAUAUAAGUAACCUAAUUUAUGUCCCUCUAACUGCCCUGAAUGCCUCUGCUGAUCCUACAGCUAUUGUAUGCAGUAAUCAUGUGCCUAAGAACCUGAUUUAAACUGUUAGCACUGAGCCGGUGUGCCCGAGGAGGAAGUCCACUGUGUGCAGCUCACUCUGCACUAACUUAAAGAACAUGAGCACAUCUACUGCUGCUAAGCUUCCCAGUAAAGCAAUAAAACAAGUAUGCAUCCCAGAAGAAAAGUCAUCAAAAUAGCCCACGUUAACAUAUGUAGCUUAAGAAACAAGGUUCAUGAAAUCAAUAAUUUGCUAGUAACAGAUAUUCUAACUAUCUCUGAAACUCACUUAGAUAAUACCUUUGAUGAUAGUGGUAGCAAUACAAGGUUAUAACAUUUACAGAAAAGAUAGAAAUGCCAAUGGUGGAGGUGUUGCUGUUUAUAUUCAGAACCACAUUCCUGUGAAGAUUAAAGAGGAUCUCAUGUUAAAUACUGUUGAAGUAAUAUGGCUACAGGUUCAUCUACCUCACCUAAAUCCCAUUCUGGUGGGAAGCUGCUAUAGACCACCAAGUGCUAACAGUCAGUAUCUGGAUAACAUGUGUGAAAUGCUUCAUAAUGUACAGUUGAAGUCGGAAGAUUACGUACACCCUAGCCAAAUACAUUUAAACUCUGUUUUUCACAAUAACUGACAUUUAAUCCUAGUAAAAAUUCCAUGUCUUAGGUCAGUUAGGAUCACCACUUUAUUUUAAGAAUGUGAAAUGUCAGAAUAAUAGUAGAGAGUGAUUUAUUUCAGCUUUUAUUUCUUUCAUCACAUUCCCAGUGGGUCAGAAGUUUACAUACACUCAAUUAGUAUUUGGGAGCAUUGCCUUUAAAUUGUUUAACUUGGGUCAAAUGUUUCGGGUAGCCUUCCACAAGCUCCCCACAAUAAGUUGGGUUAAUUUUGGCCCAUUCCUCCUGACAGAGCUGGUGUAACUGAGUCAGGUUAGUAAGCCUCCUUGCUCGCACAUGCUUUUUCAGUACUGCCCACAGAUUUUCAAUAGGAAUGAGGUCAGGGCUUUGUGAUGGCCACUCCAAUACCUUGACUUUGUUGUCCUUAAGCUUGGGGUCAUUGUCCAUUUGGAAGACCCAUUUGUGACCAAGCUUUAACUUCCUGACUGAUGUCUUGAGAUGUUGCUUCAAUAUAUCCACAUAAUUUUCCUUCCUCAUGAUGCCAUCUAUUUUGUGAAGUGCACCAGUCCCUCCUCCAGCAAAGCACCCCCACAGCAUAAUGCUGCCACCCCCAUGCUGCACGGUAGGGAUGGUGUUCUUCGGCUUGCAAACAACCCCCUUUUUCCUCCAAACAUAACGAUGGUCAUUAUGGCCAAACAGUUCUAUUUUUGUUUCAUCAGACCAGAGGACAUUUCUCCAAAAAGUACGAUCUUUGUCCCCAUGUGCAGUUGCAAACCGUAGUCUGGCUUUUUUAUGGCGGUUUUGGAGCACUGGCUUCUUCCUUGCUGAGAGGCCUUUCAGGUUAUGUUGAUAUAGGACUCGUUUUACUGUGGAUAUAGAUACUUUGUACAUGUUUCCUCCAGCAUCUUCACAAGGUCCUUUGCUGUUGUUCUGGGAUUGAUUUGCACUUUUCGCACCAAAGUACGUUCAUCUCUAGGCGACAGAACGCGUCUCCUUCCUGAGCGGUAUGACGGCUGCGUGGUCCCAUGGUGUUUAUACUUGCGUACUAUUGUUUGUACAGAUGGACGUGGUACCUUCAGGCGUUUGAUAAUUGCUCCCAAGGAUGAACCAGACUUGUGGAGAUCUACAAUUGUUUUUCUGAGGUUUUGGGUGAUUUCUUUUGAUUUUCCCAUUAUCUCAAGUAAACAGGCACUGAGUUUGAAGGUAGGCCUUCAAAUACAUCCACAGGUACACCUCCAAUUGACUCAAAUUAUGUCAAUUAGCCUUACAGAAGCUUCUAACGCCAUGACAUCAUUUUCUGGAAUUUUCCAAGCUAUUUAAAGGCACAGUCAACUUAGUGUAUGUAAACUUCUGACCCACUGGAAUUGUGAUACAGUGAAUUGUGUCUCCCGAGUGGCGCAGUGGUCUAAGGCACUGCAUCGCAGUGCUAGCUGUGCCACUAGAGAUCCUGGUUCGAAUCAGAUUAUCAGUCAACCUACCAGGGUAGUUACAAACAGUAGAGGAAUUAAAUAAUCAACAUGUAUUGAUCAUAUCUUUAAGCAGUAUCCAAAUCCAUUGGAUGUAGUGAUCACAAGAUAGUAGCCAUCAGGAAUUCCCCAGGGCAGCUGUCUAGGCCCAUAACUUUUUUUCAAUCUUUACUAAUGACAUGCCACUGGCUUUGAGUAAAGCCAGAGUGUCUAUGUAUGUGGAUGACUCAACACUAUACAUGUAAGCUACUACAGCGACUGAAAUGACUGCAGCACUUAACAAAGUGUUGCAGUUAGUUUCAGAGUGCGUGGCAAGGAAUAAGUUAGUCCUAAAUAUUUCAAAACUAAAAGCAUUGUAUUUGGAACAAAUCAUUCACUAAACUCCAAACCUCAAUUAAAUCUUGUAGUGAAUAAUGUGGAGAUUGAGCAAGUUGAGGUGACUAAACUGCUUGGAGUAACCCUGGAUUGUAAACUGUCAUGUUCAAAACCAGGGAUGUAAACAUAUUUGUGCCCAAAAUUUGAGCAAAAUAAGAUUUUUGUGCGUAUGGGAAAUUUCUGGGAUGUUUUAUUUCAGCUCAUGAAACAUCGGACCAACACUUUACAUGUUGGGUUUAUAUUUUUGUUCAGUGUAUUAUUAAUGAAAUCACUCACACACACACACACACACAGGCAUUCACACACGGGGAAAAGUAUUUGGCCAAGAAGAGCAAUUAGGUCCAUCUCCAGGCCUUUCAACACUCCUCAUCUGCAGCAGACCGAUAAACCCUGGCAGGACUGCAGCAUGAGCGAGAGAGAGGAACUAAUCGCCUGAACUCACUGGAGCAAACACAGAGGAAAUUUGUCCUCCCCCAAAUAUUUGUAAGGUGAAUUAAGUGCUUUGUGCGCUUUGCCUAAAGGGCACAGAUACAAAUGUUUCAGAGUAAUGUAAUAUGCUACCACCGCCUGUCUAAGGUUAAACAUAUUAAAACCACUCACAUGCCCCCUUUAUCCAGAUGCGAAUUAAUUUGGUUAUUUUUAAAAGGUUGCCUGCCUGGAACCACAGAAUCUAGAGAAAUGGAUUAAGUAAAUGCAGACAAUUUCCAAUAAGUGAGAAAUGGAAUAAGUAAACGCAGACCCCCCCCCCCCCCCCCCCUUUGCAUAGAAAUAUAACUAACUACCCAUAUUGAGUGUACACCUGAUUCAACUUGUCAACUAAGUUUGUCCAGGGCUACAACUAAAAACUAAUCUCGGGGCCAUGGAUCUGAACACCGCCCUGUGCAACUGGUCUUGGACUUCCUGACCGGCCGACCCCAGGUGGUGAAGGUAGGCAACAACACCUACGCCAUGCUGAUCCUCAACACGGUGGCCCCACAAUGGUGCGUGCUCAGCCCCCUCCUGUUCGCCCUGUUCACCCAUGACUGCGUGGCCACGCACGUCUCCAACUCAAUCAUCAAGUUUGGUGAUGACACAACAGUGGUAGACCUUAUUACCAACAAUGACGAGACAGCCUACAGAGAGGAGGUGAGGGCCCUGGCGGAGUGGUGCCAGGAAAAUAACCUCAACGUCAACAAAACGAAGGAGCUGAUCAUGGACUUCAGGAGACAGCAGAGAGAGCACGCCCCUAUCCACAUCGACAGGGCCAGCGGAGAGGGUGAAAAGCUACAAGUUCCUCAGCGUGCACAUCACUGAUAACCUCAAAUGAUCCAUCCACACAGUGUGGUGAAUAAGGCACAACAGCGCCUCUUCAACCUUAGGAGGCUGAAGAAAUUUGGCUUGGUCCCGAAGACCCUCACAAACUUCUACAGAUAUACCAUUGAGAGCAUCCUGCCGGGCUGUAUCACCGCCUGCUACGGCAAUUGCACCGUCCGUAAUCUCACUUGUAAACUUUUACUUCUGGGUAACCAAGAUUACACCGUCCGCAACCGCAGGGCUCUCCAGAGGGUUGUGCAAUCAGCCUAACGCAUCACCGGGGGCAUGCUGCCUGCCCUCCAGGGCAUCUACAGCACCUGGUGUCACAGGAAGGCCAAGAAGAUCAUCAAGGACCUCAUCCACCCGAACCACGGCCUGUUCACCCCACUUCCAUCUAGAAGGCGGAGACAGUAAAGGUGCAUCAAAGCUGCUGGGACCAUCAGACUGUUAAAUACCGUAAAACUUCAAUUAAUAUUCUGGGUGUUUAUUUGCUUAAAUCACUGGACACAACAGGCACUUAUUAGAGACAGGCUUCUAUUUGAGCCAGGCGUCUUUUAAUGCACACAGCUUUUGCUCAUUUGCAUAUUUAAUUGUUUAAUUCCAGCAUUCACUUCCAGCAUUUUAAUCCAUUUCUUAAUUUCCUGCACUGUGUUAUAAUUUACACACUGUGUCACGUUUAUUUUGUCUUAGUAUGCGUCUUUUUCAAAACAAAUUGCCAUAAUAUUUUCGAUUCUGAAUUAUUUUAUGUGACAUCAAACAAUUCAUGGUAACCUCGUAAACAAUUAAUUUAGACCGGCCAUUUAUUUGAAACAGGAGUUUAUUUGCUGAAAUAUGUGCCAUUGUCCGGCUAUUAAAAGGGACAGGUGGCUAUUUGAGACUCGCCGUUAAAUUGAUGUUUUACGGUAGUCACCACUAGCCGGCCUCCGCCCAGUACCCUGCCCUGAACUUAGUCACUGUUACUAGCCAGCUACCACCCAGUACUCUACCCUGCACCUUAGAGACUGCUGCCAUAUGUAGAUAUUAAAAUGACCAGUGUUCAAUGACUAAUGUUUACAUACUAUUUUACCCACUUCAUAUGUACAGUAUACACUGAGUAUUCCAAACAUUAGGAACACCUUCCUAAUAUUGAGUUGCACACCCCCCCAGCCCCCUUUUGCCCUCAAUUCGUCGGGGCAUGGACUCUACAAGGUGUCGAAAGCGUUCCACAGGGAUGCUGGCCCACGUUGACUCCAAUGCUUCCCACGGUUGUGUCAACUAGGCUGGAUGUCCUUUGGGUGGUGGACCAUUCUUGAUAAACACGGGAAACUGUUGAGCGUGAAAAACCCAGCAGUGUGCAGUUCUUGACACAAACCGGUGCGCCUGGUGCCUACUACCAUACCCCGUUCAAAGGCACUAACAUUUGUUGUCUGUCCCAUUCACCCUCUGAAUGGAAUACAUACAGAAUCCAUGUCUCAAUUGUCUCAAGGCUUAAAAAUCCUUCUUUAACCUGUCUCCUCCCCUUCAUCUACACUGAUUGAAGUGGAUUUAACAAGUGACAUCAAUAAUGGAUCCUAGCUUUCAACUGGAUUCACCUUUCAUGGAAAGAGCAGGUGUUAAUGUUUUGUAUACUCAGUGUAUACUGUAUUCUAGUGAAGGCUAAUCCUAAUAACUACUGCUGUACACACCUUUUCUAUUCAUAUACUGUCCAUACUGUCUAUACACACCAUUAUAUACUGUACAUACAGUGCCUUCAAAGUUUUCAUACUCCUUAACUUAUUCCACAUUUUGUUGUGUUACAGCCUGAAUUCAAAAUUUAUUCAAUUGUUUGUUUUUCUCACCCAUCUACACACAAUACCCAAUAAUGACAAGGUGAAAACAUGUUUUUAGAAAUGUUUACACAUUUAUUGAAAAUGAAAUAUCUCAUUUACAUAAGUAUUCACACCCCUUUGCUAUGACACUCCAAAAUGAGCUCAGGUGCUUCUAAUUUCCUUUGAUCAUCCUUCCAACUUGAUUGGAGUCCACCUGUGGCCAAUUCAAUUGUUUGGACAUGAUUUAGAAAGAAACAAACAUAUCUAUGUAAGGCCCCACAGUUGACUGUGCAUGCCAGAAGAAACUAUACCAUGAAGUCCAAGGAACUGUCCGUAGCUCUCUGAGACAGAAUUGUGAUGAGGCGUAUAUUUGCGGAAGGGGAUAAAACAAUUUCUAGAGUGUUGAAAGUUUCCAAGAGCACAGUGGUCUCCAUCAUUGUGAAAUUGAACAAAUAUGGAACUACCCAGACUUUGCCUAGAGCUGGCCGUCCGACCAAACUGAGCAACCGGGCAAGAAGGACCUUGUAAGGGAGGUGACCAAGAACCCAAUGACCACUCUGACAGAACUACAGAGUUCCUUGGCUGAGAUGGGACUACCUGCCAGAAGGACAACAGUCUCUAAAGCACUUCACCAAUCUGGGAUUUAUGUGAGAGUGGCCAGACGGAAGCCACUCCUGAGAAAAAGGCACAUGACAGUACGCCUGGAGUUUGCAAAAAGGCACGUGAAAGACUGAUAUCAUAAGGCAAAAAAUUCUGUCUUCUGAUGAGAUAGAAAUUUAACUCUUUGGCCUGAAUGCAAAGGGCUAUGUCUGGAGAAAACCAGGCACAGCUCAUCACCCGUUUAACACCAUCCCUACCAUGAAGCAUGGGGGUGGCAGCAUCAUGCUAUGGGGAUGCUUUUCAGCGGCAGGGAUUGGGAGACUUGUAAGGGAACAAUGAAUGGAGCAAAAUACAGGCAAAUCAUUGAUGAGAACCUGCUUCAGAGUGCAAACAACCUUAGACUGGGGCGAAUAUUUGUUCCAACAGGACAAUGAACCCAAAAAUACUGCCAAAGCAAUGCUGGAAUGGCUUCAGAACAACAAUGUGGGAUCCUGCCGAGUGGCACAGGCUGUGUCACAGCCAGCCAUGACUGGGAGACCCAUGAGACAGCGCACAAUUGGCCCAGCGUGGUCCAGGUUAGGGGAGGGUUUGGCCAACCGGGAUGUCCUUGUUUCAUCGUGCUCUGGCGACUCCUUGUGUCGGGCCGGGCGCCUGCAAGCUAACUUGUCAGUUGGACGGUGUUUCCUCUGACACAUUGGUGUGGCUGGCUUCCAGGUUAAGCGAGCAGUGUGUUAAGAAGCAGUGCGGCUUGGCAGGGUCGUAUUUCGGAGGACACAUGGCUCUCGACCUUCGCCUCUCCCGAGUCCGUAGGGGAGUUGCAGCGAUGAGACAAGACUAACUACCAAUUGGAUACCACGAAAAAGGGGGUAAAAAAACAACAAAAAAAGAACAAUAAUGUGAAACUCCUUGAGUGGCCCAGACUUGAAUCCCAUUAAAAAUCUGUGAAAAGAUUUGAAGAUUUCUGUUCACUGCCGUGCCCCAUCUAACUUAACAGAGCUAAAGAAAAUCUGCAAGGAAGAUCCCCAAAUCCAAAUGUACAGACAUACCCAAGACUACUCAAAGCUGUAAUCGCCGCCAAAGGUGCUUCGACAAAGUAUUGAUUCAGGGGUGUGAGUGCUUAUGUAAAUGAGAUAUUUCUGUAUUUUAUUUUCAAUACAUUUGCAAAAAUGUCCCAAAAAUGUGUUUUCACUUUGUCAUUAUGGGGUAUUAUGUGUAGAUGGGUGACAACAUUUUUUAUUGAAUUAAUUUUGAAUUCAGGCUGUAACACAACAAAAUGUUGAAUAAGUCAAAAUCAAAUGUUAUUGGUCGUACACAUAUUUAGCAGAUGUUAUCACGGGUGUAGCGAAAUGCUUAUGUUCCUAGCUGCAACAGUGCAGUAAUACCUAGAAAUACAAAACAAUACACUCAAAUCAAAAAAAAAUUAAUAAAGGAAUUAAGAAAUAUAGAAAUAUUAGAACGAGCAAUGUCAGAGUCCGGAAUAUAAAUAUAUAUGUAUAUGAUGGUGUGUAUAGACAUUAUGGACAGUAUAUGAAUAGAAAAGGUGUGUACAGCAGUAGUUACAGUGCCUUCAGAAAGUAAUCAUACCCCUUGACUUAUUCCACAUUUUGUUAUGUUACAGCCUGAAUUAAAAAUGGAUGAAAUUGAUUUUAAAAAAUGUGUGCAUAUUUAUUGAAAAUGAAAUACAGAAAUAUCUCAUUUACAUAAGUAUUCACACCCCUGAGUCAAUACUUUGUAGAUGCGUCUUUGGCAGUGAUUACAGCUCUGAGUCUUUCUGGGUAAGUGUCUAAGAGCUUUCCACACCUGGAUUGUGCAACAUUUGCCCUUUACUCUUACAUUUUUUUUUCAAGCAAUUUCAGGUAUUGCCAUAGAUUUUCAAGUAGAUUUAAGUCAAAACUGUAACUCAGCCACUCAGGAACAUUCACUGUCUUCUUGGUAAGCAACUCCAGUGUAGCCAUGUGUUUUAGGUUAUUGUCCUGCUGAAAGGUGAAUUAAUCUGGUGGAAAGCCAUGUUUUCCUCUAGGAUUUUGCCUGUUUUUAGCUCCAUUGCAUCUCAAUCUCAAGGCUUAAAAAUUGUUAUUUAACCUGUCUCCUCCCCUUGAUUGAAGUGGAUUUAACAAGUGACAUCAAUAAGGGAUCAUAGCUUUCACCUGGAUUCACCUGGUCAGUCUGUCAUUGAAAGAGCAGGUGUUCUUAAUGUUUUGUAUACUCUGUGUACAUAUGAAGUGGCUAAAACAGUAUGUAAACAGUAUUAAAGUGACAGGGGUCCACAGAAGCAAUCAAUCAAUCAGAUUCCAAACUCUCCACCAUGGCCAAGACCAAAGAGCUCUCCAAGGAUGUCAGGGUCAAGAUUGUACACCUACACAAGGCUGGAAUGGGCUACAAGACCAUCGCCAAGCAGCUUGGUGAGAAGGUGACAACAGUUGUUGCGAUUAUUCGCAAAUGGAAGAAACACAAAAUAACUGUCAAUCUCCCUCGGCCUGGGACUCCAUACAAGAUCUCACCUCGUGGAGUUGCAAUGAUCAUGAGAACGGUGAGGAAUCAGCCCAGAACUACACGAGAGAAUCUUGUCAAUGAUCUCAAGGCAGCUGGGACCAUAGUCACCAAGAAAGCAAUUGGUAACACACUACGCUGUGAAGGACUGAAAUCCUGCAGCGCCCGCAAGGUCCCCCUGCUCAAGAAAGCACAUAUACAGGCCCGUCUGAAGUUUGCCAAUGAACAUCUGAAUGAUUCAGAGGAGAACUGGGUGAAAGUGUUGUGGUCAGAUGAGACCAAAAUCGAGCUCUUUGGCAUCAACUCAACUCGCCGUGUUUGGAGGAGUAGGAAUGCUGCCUAUGACCCCAAGAACACCAUCCACACCAUCAAACAUGGAGGUGGAAACAUUAUGCUUUGGGGGUGUUUUUCUGCUAAGGGUACAGGACAACUUCACCGCAUCAAAGGGACGAUGGACGGGGCCAUGUACCAUCAAAUCUUGGGUGAGAACCUCCUUCCAUCAGCCAGGGCAUUGAAAAUGGGUCGUGGGUGGGUAUUCCAGCAUGACAAUGACCCAAAACACACGGCCAAGGCAACAAAGGAGUGGCUCAAGAAGAAGCACAUUAAGGUCCUGGAGUGGCCUAGUCAGUCUCCAGACCUUAAUCCCAUAGAACAUCUGUGGAGGGAGCUGAAGGUUCGAGUUGCCAAACGUCAGCCUCGAAACCUUAAUGACUUGGAGAAGAUCUGCAAAGAGGAGUGGGACAAAAUCCCUCCUGAGAUGUGUGCAAACUUGGUGGCCAACUACAAGAAACGUCUGACCUCUGUGAUUGCCAACAAGGGUUUUGCCACCAAGUACUAAGUCAUGUUUUUCAGAGGGGUCAAAUACUUAUUUCCCUCAUUAAAAUGCAAAUCAAUUUCUAACAUUUUUUUAAAUGCGUUUUUCUGGAUUUUUUGGUUGUUAUUCUGUCUCUCACUGUUCAAAUAAACCUACCAUUAAAAUUAUAGACUGAUCAUGUCUUUGUCAGUGGGCAAACGUAAUCAAAUACUUUUCUCCCUCACUGUAUAUAUAUACACACACACUACUGUUCAGUGAAGAGGCGACUCCGGGAUGCUGACCUUCUAGGCAGAGUUGCAAAGAAGUCCAGUGUCUGUGUUCUUUUGCCCAUCUUAAUAUUUUCUUUUUAUUGGCCAGUCUGAGAUAUUGCUUUUUCUUUGCAACUCUGCCUAGAAGGUCAGCAUCCCGGAGUCGCCUCUUCACUGUUGACGUUGAGACUGGUGUUUUGCAGGUACUAUUUAAUGAAGCUGCCAGUUGAGGACCUGUGAGAGGCGUCUGUUUCUCAAACUAGACACUCUAAUGUAUUUGUCCUCUUGCUCAGUUGUGCACCGGGGCCUCCCACUCCUCUUUCUAUUCUGGUUAGAGCCAGUUAGCGCUGUUCUGUGAAGGGAGAAGUACACAGCGUUAUACAAGAUCUUCAGUUUCUUGGCAAUUUCUCGCAUGGAAUAGCCUUCAUUUCUCAGAACAAGAAUAGACUGUCGAGUUUCAGAAGAAAGUUAUUUGUUUCUGGCCAUUUUGAUUCUGUAAUCGAACCCACAAUUGCUGAUUCUCCAGAUACUCAACUAGUCUCAAGAAGGCCAGUUUUAUUGCUUCUUUAAUCAGCACAACAGUUUUCAGCUGUGCUAACAUAACUGCAAAAGGGUUUUCUAAUUAUCAAUUAGCCUUUUAAAAUGAUACACUUGGAUUAGCAAACACAACAUGCCAUUGGAACACAGGACUGAUGUUUGCUGAUAAUGGUCCUCUGUACGCCUAUGUAGAUAUUCCAUAAAAAAUCUGCCAUUUCCAGCUACAAUAGCCAUUUACAACAUUAACAAUGUCUACGCUGUAUUUCUGAUCAAUUUGAUGUUAUUUUAAUGGGCCAAAAAAUUGCUUUUCUUUCGAAAACAAGGACAUUUCUAAGUGACCCCAAACUGUCGUGGUCAAAAGUUUUGAGAAUGACACAAGUAUUGGUCUUCACAAAGUUCGCUGCUUCAGUGUUAUGAGAUAUUUUUGUCAGAUGUUACUAUGGUAUACUGAAGUAUAAUUACAAUCAUUCCAUAAGUGUCAAAGGCUUUUAUUGACAAUUACAUUAGGUUUAUGCAAAGAGUCAAUAUUUGCAGUGUUGACCCUUCUUUUUCAAGACCUCUGCAAUCCGCCCUGGCAUGCUGUCAAUUAACUUAUUGGCCACAUCCUGACUGAUGGCAGCCCAUUCUUGCAUAAUCAAUGCUUGGAGUUUGUCAGAAUUUGUGGGGUUUUGUUUCAGAAUUUGUGUGUUUUUGUUUGUCCACCCGCCUCUUGAGGAUCGACCACAAGUUCUCAAUGGGAUUAAGGUCUGGGGAGUUUCCUGGCCAUGGACCCAAAAUGUCGAUUUUUUGUUCCCCAAGCCACUUAGUUAUCCCUUUUGCCUUAUGGCAUGGUGCUCCAUCAUGCUGGAAAAGGCGUUGGUCGUCACCAAACUGUUCUUGGAUGGUUGGGAGAAGUUGCUCUCGGAGGAUGUGUUGGUACCAUUCUUUAUUCAUGGCUGUGUUCUUAGGCAAAAUUGUGAGCCCACUCCCUUGGCUGAGAAGCAACCCCACACAUGAAUGGUCUCAGGAUGCUUUACUGUUGGCAUGACACAGGACUGAUGGUAGCGCUCACCUUGUCUUCUCCGGACAAGGUGUUUUCCGGAUGCCCCAAACAAUCGGAUAGGGGAUUCAUCAGAGAAAAUGACUUUACCCCAGUCCUCAGCAGUCCAAUCUCUGUACCUUUUGCAGAAUAUCAGUCUGUCCCUGAUGUUUUUCCUGGAGAGAAGUGGCUUCUUUGCUGCCCUUCUUGACACCAGGCCAUCCUCCAAAAGUCUUCGCCUCAAUGUGCGUGCAGAUGCACUCACACCUGCCUGCUGCCAUUCUUGAGCAAGCUCUGCACUGGUGGUGCCCCGAUCCCGCAGCUGAAUCAACUUUAGGAGACGGUCCUGGCGCUUGCUGGACUUUCUUGGGCGCCCUGACGCCUUCUUCACAACAAUUGAACCUCUCUCCUUGAAGUUCUUGAUGAUCCGAUAAAUGGUUGAUUUAGGUGCAAUCUUACUAGCAGCAAUGUCCUUGCCUGUGAAGCCCUUUUUGAUUAACAAAGGAAGAACAAUGAUUUCAAGCACCACCCUCCUUUUAAAGCUUCCAGUCUGUUAUUCUAACUCAUUCAGCAUGACAGAGUGAUCUCCAGCCUUGUCCUCGUCAACACUCUCACCUGUGUUAACGAGAUAAUCACUGACAUGAUGGCAGCUGGUCCUUUUGUGGCAGGGCUGAAAUGCAGUGGGAAAUUUUUUUUGGGAUUAAGUUCAUUUUCAUGGCAAAGAGGGACUUUGCAAAUCAUCUGAUCACUCUUCAUGACAUUCUGGAGUAUAUGCAAAUUGCCAUCAUCAAAACUGAGGCAGCAGACUUUGUGAAAAUUAGUAUUUGUGUCAUUCUCAAAACUUUUGACCACGACUGUAUGUAUAUAUAUAUAUAUAUAUAUAUAUAUAUAUAUAUAUGUAUGUGUGUGUGUGUAUGUGUGUGUGUGUGUGUGUGUGUGUGUGUGUGUGUAUAUAUGUGUGUAUGUAUGUAUAUAUAUAUAUAUAUAUAUAUAUAUAUAUAUAUAUAUAUAUAUAUAUAUAAAUAUAUACACAGUGGGGAAAAUAAGUAUUUAGUCAGCCACCAAUUGUGCAAGUUCUCCCACUUAAAAAGAUGAGAGAGGCCUGUAAUUUUCAUCAUAGGUACACGUCAACUAUGACAGACAAAAUGAGAUUUUUUUCUCCAGAAAAUCACAUUGUAGGAUUUUUUUAUGAAUUUAUUUGCAAAUUAUGGUGGAAAAUAAGUAUUUGGUCAAUAACAAAAGUUUCUCAAUACUUUGUUAUAUACCCUUUGUUGGCAAUGACACAGGUCAAACGUUUUCUGUAAGUCUUCACAAGGUUUUCACACACUGUUGCUGGUAUUUUGGCCCAUUCCUCCAUGCAGAUCUCCUCUAGAGCAGUGAUGUUUUGGGGCUGUCGCUGGGCAACACGGACUUUCAACUCCCUCCAAAGAUUUUCUAUGGGGUUGAGAUCUGGAGACUGGCUAGGCCACUCCAGGACCUUGAAAUGCUUCUUACGAAGCCACUCCUUCGUUGCCCGGGCGGUGUGUUUGGGAUCAUUGUCAUGCUGAAAGACCCAGCCACGUUUCAUCUUCAAUGCCCUUCCUGAUGGAAGGAGGUUUUCACUCAAAAUCUCACGAUACAUGGCCCCAUUCAUUCUUUCCUUUACGCGGAUCAGUCGUCCUGGUCCCUUUGCAGAAAAACAGCCCCAAAGCAUGAUGUUUCCACCCCCAUGCUUCACAGUAGGUAUGGUGUUCUUUGGAUGCAACUCAGCAUUCUUUGUCCUCCAAACACGACGAGUUGAGUUUUUACCAAAAAGUUAUAUUUUGGUUUCAUCUGACCAUAUGACAUUCUCCCAAUCCUCUUCUGGAUCAUCCAAUUUUGUUUCUGGUGUCCUUUGACAGCUCUUUUGUCUUGGCCAUAGUGGAGUUUGGAGUGUGACUGUUUAAGGUUGUGGACAGGUGUCUUUUAUACUGAUAACAAGUUCAAACAGGUGCCAUUAAUACAGGUAACGAGUGGAGGACAGAGGAGCCUCUUAAAGAAGAAGUUACAGGUCUGUGAGAGCCAGAAAUCUUGCUUGUUUGUAGGUGACCAAAUACUUAUUUUCCACCAUAAUUUGCAAAUAAAUUCAUAAAAAAUCCUACAAUGUGAUUUUCUGGAUUUUUUUCUCUCAAUUUGUCUGUCAUAGUUGACGUGUACCUAUGAUGAAAAUUACAGGCCUCUCUCAUCUUUUUAAGUGGGAGAACUUGCACAAUUGGUGGCUGACUAAAUACUUUUUUCCCCCACUGUAUAUAUGUAUAUAUAUGCUCUGUUGGAGCUCGAAACAUAAGCCAUUUGCUGCACUUGCGAUAACAUCUGCAAAGUAUGUGUACGCGACCAAUACAAUUUGAUUUGAUUUUAAUAGAAUUGAGCCCUCUGGCACUCUCUUUACAAUUAGUCUCCUCUCCACAGACGACUUAUAGCACCUGCCCAACACAAGACAGGCCUGGGCCUCCUCCAGGCUCCACAUGCUCAAUGUUACAGAAUGUUCAGAAAUAAAAGUUUUUGUGUAGAACAGAUAUGAUUGUCUCUCAUGUAGAAUAGGGAAUCAUGCUCGCUCUAUUCAUUCUAUUUCUAUCUGCAACGUUUAGUUUUCACAUCACUGAAUACAUCCCUGCUUCUAUUCCACAGGGAGGACCCAACACUGUUUGCACUGAGAGGGUGAUUACAUUUUGUGGAAUUAAAUAUGACUCAAGAGGGUGAAAAGGACUGUUGUCGAUGUCACCCCAAAUUAUUAUUACAGUGGUCAUAAUUUGAUGAUAAUCAUGGUUAUAGUACAUGAAUAAGUAUGAUUAAGCUGUUUACCGUCAUAGUUCACCACCCGGUCGUUUGUUGUGACAGUCAUUACUCGCCUUAUCAUGUAGGCUAGCCUACGUCUCAGGCCCUAGUGAGGGACCACUAUAUAAUAUCUGUGGAAUUAUAACUCAUACAAAAUGUGACAUUUAUAUUUAUAAUUUGGUGGGAUUCCGUUGUGGUGGUGGCGACACAACAAGAUGUAUGGCGGAGGAAUCACGGAGGGGAAGGCAGAGACACCUAGGCCAUUAAUCUGCGCAAUUGCGUCUGUCAGUGUCUGUUUGCAUGGCAACCCCAUCUAUUCGUUACUCACUGGGCCUGCCUAUUAUCAGCUGUUGAUGAAAGAGUUGGAGCUCUGAAGGAUGCAGAGUGGCGGAGAGUGAUUUUAAUUCCCACUAAAAACUCCACGAGCCCACGGAGAUGUGUCGUACUGUGAUAAAGCCGCUUAAUUGCAAUACUCACGCUUUAUGAAGUACGCGACGGCCGCUCUACUCUGCAGUGCAUAAUUUCCGAGCUCCACAGUAAAAAAGUGUCUGUAAAAUGUUGACAUUAGAAAAGUAACUUUCCCCAAAGUGGAUGUUGCCAAAUGCGAGUGAAAUGCUCCGAAAUGUAGCAGAGGAGGAGACUGAGAGCAACAAUUUAAUUAAUUAUAACCUUUGGUAGUUAAUUAGAGCCUCAAUCAUCUGCUUCCUGUAAUUCUAUCUGGAAUCUGCCAGACAGCAUAACCGCAAAUUACAAAACAAUCUCUCUUUGAGGCCGUUGUUUUUUGGAAAUGCGCUCUCUGCUAUUGGCAGCGAAUGGAAGGACCGGCAAACCCUGCUUGGCAUUGGCACACUCACAGAGAGCAAUUUCUUCUCCCAUUACCAGGUGUGAAGCUUUGCUCGACAGCCCAGACGAGUCUACUGCCACACACAACUACUGUAGCUCGGCACUAAAUGAAUGAAUGUGUGCUCUCCGCCAGAGGAGAAUCUGGAAUCAAUCAACGUUCACAGUUGAGCACGAGCGUACCCUCUAGUGUAUACUCACCCUUUAUCCGCCAUGAGUGGGAAGCGAACAUGGAUUCCACUAGUUAGGGUCUCAAAUUGGUGUCCGAGGAGGCAAAGCGUACAGAAGGAUGGAGGUAACCUGGAGGUUACCUGGAAGCUUGUGUUGACAGAUUGGAUCAACAUAACAUAAAGCUAUUGUAUUUAGUGAAUAGAUUUUUCCUGAUUGAUAAGACAUUUCUAAAUGAAUGUUAGCUAACCCUGAGGUGUAAAGAAAAAGCCAAUUACACAGUCCGACAACACGGACACCAAAAACACGAGUUACAGAAAUAUACAAAGUAACACAUGCUAUUUCAAAGUCCAGAUCCCGUAUGAGUCCCCAAAAUAUGCCCAUUUUGAGAAAUUGUUAAAAUAGUCUAAAGAAGAUAAAGAGAACUGUGUCUACUCUCUCAAAAUGGCUUCCUUGGUUUUCUCUAGGAUGUCCUGUAGACCAGAACAACCCCAACAAGCCCCAGUAUCUUCCUCCGUUACGCUCCCACAUCAUCUCACCGCUGGACGCCACCAGUGGCUUCACCGGGGGCAGCUUGUCCUCCAAGAGCAUCCAACAACUCAACGGUAGGACCCCCACACCUUUGUGUAUGUGUACGUAUGUGUUUUUGUGUGUGUGUGUGUGUGUGCGUGUUGGUUGAUUUACAGGGCGGUUGUUGGCGGUGUUGUCCAUGACCGUCUCAUCCAGAUCCAUUAUACAUUCUGCCCUUUCUCUGCAGCUCUGAGACACUCAAUUUGCAGCCUAAUUGAGCCUGCCCAAGCAUAUCUGGUGGCUGGUCGCACACACAGUGUUUAGCACCUCACACACACCACAACAGAGGUGUGAAGAAUAAUAAUAAUAAUAGAUUGAAAUUGUAUAGCGCUUUUCAUUACAGUGUUAUCUCAAAGCGCUACAAAGGCAAAAAUUCAAACAAUGAUAAUAAAAACCUAAAGAAAUACAAUAAACAUCAUAGGAAAUAGCAGUAGUAGGCUAGGUGCUAAAAGAACUUUCCAGAUUAGGACUAUAAGAAAGACAAAUGUGUUUUAAGGCCUGUUUAAAAAUUUCCGAUUUAUGGAGCGGCUCUCAGAUGGUCAGGGAGGUGGCUCAUUCAUAGAAAUUAGGUCGCUGAUGUAGGUGGGACUCAAUCCAUUCAAUGAAUGUCCAAACAAAACCGAAUAAAUCCAGUCUGCAAACACUACACGUACCUGAUUCACACUAAAGGACUGACCCGAAUCUUACUGUCUCGGCUCGGAUAUUUUCUUUUCACAUUGUCCUAUGGUGGAUGUGUAACCAGGAUAGUAUAGUACAGAUUGUCUUGGCUCGGUUUGCCCUAUAGUGUGAAUCAGGCCGAGGUGUGUGCUUACGAUAAGGAAUUCACACAGUUUAUUUUCUAGAUUCACUGUAGUUCUGUUCAGUUAGUCGCUGAAGUACUACAGUUCCAUUACUGUACCAUUCUCUCCAAGCCUGUAGUGAAUACUACUACCCAGGGACUAUCCAGCAAAGUGAUUGGCGGAUCGCUGAUGCCAUUCUGAUAAAGAGGAAUGCGAAGAAGUGCCGUGAGAGAUGGAGAUGGUGUGAGAAGUGGUAGAGAGACUGCGAGAGAGAGAGACAGAGAUGGUAGAGAGGGAUGGAGAGCUAAAGAGAACGAUGGAGAGGCAGCGAUAGGGGGUAGAGAGAGAAGGGGAGAGGAAGAGUAGAGAUGGGGUGGGAGAGAGAAAGAUGGAGGGUAAGAGAGACUGAGAGGGAGGGAGAGAUGGAUAAGAGAGGGAGAGGCAAAGAGAGAGUGAGGAGGGAGGGUGAGAGAUGGAUGAGAGGCAAAGCUAGAGAUAGAGGGGGAGAAAUCCCCCUGGUGAGUUAUCAGUGAGUGGGAGCAGAGCCUUCCACUAUUCUAGAAGGGCUUUAGAUGAGAAACAGUACUUGAGGCCCUCUUCCUUUGAUAUCUCUUUAUAUUAUUGGGCUGCUCCCCUCCCUCCCUUCCUUCCUUGGUUCCCAGAUUAUUUGUGGGCUCAUAUCAGUCAGAUGUUUAUCUUCCAAUUGGUUCAGGGGGAUGUCUUAAUAUAUACUCCAUCCCAUCGGCAUCAUUACAGUAAGUGCUGUCUUGGCAACAUCCAACAAAACAAAUAAAUACUGUAUGUAUGGCUCGUGGAUCUCCUGGUCAGCUCGCCAAGCGUCAAUAUGGCUUACUAGAUCUCUUCUCGGUCUACACCUGAUGGCUACAAAGAUACUUUACAUUACAACAGUGGUCACUAUAACUCUGGUCCUAGAGAGCCUCAGGGUGUGUACACUGAUGUUUCAGCCUAGCACUAAAAAGCAUGAGCUGACGGACACCAAAAAAUGUUGGUAGAGGAGCUGACUAAUGGAGUAGUAAACUAAAGAAGGCUCCCAACAAGUUCAUGGGUCAACGCAGAUCAAAACAAUUGAGAGCACAAUUAGUACAUACAUUACUCCACUAACGACUGAUGUGAGUUUGUUGAUGUGUUGCAGUAAGGUUGUGAAUGCAUUGUGGUAAGGUUGUUAAUAUUGUGAUUGCGUUGCAGUAAGGCUGUUAGUGUGUUGCUGUAAGAUUGCUUGUUGUGAAUGUGUUGCAGUGCGUAACGCGGCGCGGGCCCAGAGGCUGGUGGAGCUGGACGGGGACCUGGUGCCGCUGCUCCAGAGUCAUAUGAAGGAGGGCGGUGGGACGCCCAGCACUAACACCCCCUGGUGGGGCGAGACAGACGACGUACGCCGGCGCAAGCUCAACCGCAUGGUGGCCGUGCGGCAGCACGAGGGGAGACAAGACGGCGCCGGCAGCGAGGUCAAGACGAAGGUCACGGUAAAGUCAACAACAUGGCCUCCUGGCUCUCUGCUAAGAAGCCCACUUGGCCUUCUCUCCUUCCCCCAAAAUAAUUUUUAAGACAUCAAUGUACAGCAAAGCUUUUAGACGUCACUGCAGAACACCCGCCAUACGCAUAUGCCCAGAUGCAGCUGUGGGGCUUACAGGGCUGAAUUUCUUAUAAUAUUCAAGACAUCAAUGUAGCAAAGUAGCUAGCCUAGCCUAGGUUACGCGAUAUGAUUACGUACGGACCUCUUCACUAGCCGACCACCACUUAAACCUGUUUCAAGAUCAGUUACUUACCCGGCCGGCCUACCCCAUAACCUCUAUGUACAAAUAAGAGAUCAGGUCUGAAAUCAGUAUGGCAGGAUAGGAUGAUAACACAGUAGGAUUACCGCACUUUUACCUGAUGGUGUUCCUGGGGGGCGGGAGAAAUAACGAGUAGGCAACUUGAUUUAACUGAUCACUUUUAUUAUAAUGUGUACAGUACAAACAGUGAGAAAAUAAAUAAAUCAUGCUGCGAGAGGUACCGGAACUGGGCAAAUAUGUGCCAGAAUAAACAAAGUCAAAUAUGACAGGUGCCAGAUCUUGUAAAGCACUGAUUGUAAUUCUAUGGUCUCACCACUUCUUUUACCUUCAGGGCCGCCGAGCGGAGCGUGCCCAGUUGGCGCGGGACCUGCGCCUGAUGCAGGCCUACAGGGAACGCAGCAAGGCAGAAGGCAUUACCCACAUACUGAGCCAGGCCAUCACCAUGCACCACACCCUCUAUGCCACACUGGGUACCGCCGAGUACCUGGAGUACGUCCUUCGCAACCCCUUCAACACCCCACAGACCGUCACCAUCUAUAGUGAAGACCCCGAGCUCAGGUGUGCGAGGAAAGGGGUGCUGGAGGGAGUGGGGUGUGUGUGUGGGGGGGAGGGGGUGGGGUGUUAGAGUUUGUAUGUGCCUGGUGUUAUAUUGUGGGGGCGGGGGGGUGGAUUGAGAGAGAAAAAUAAUAUUGUAAACAAUUAUAUUUAAGCAGGCCAAUGGUUUUACUGGCUGCAAAAUACCAUUAAGCCCCUCCCCACCCUUUCUAUGUCUCUGAUUCUGAUUCAUACCUCAUUUAUAUUCCACAAGCACGUUUAACCAGGAGAUAACAGGUGAGGUCUUACACUGGCUAUCAAUUGCCCUUGAACCAGAUGCAUAGAUAUUGCUGGAGAAAUACAAUCUCUUUCUCCCUCCUCCCCAUAACCUAUUAUUACACACGUAGACACACUAACCACCACACACACACAUCCCACUACACACACCCCACACUCCCCCACCAUAGUCUCACAUUAUGGAUUCCUCUCAGAUCUGCAUGGUGUUGGAUGGAUUAGUGUCCUUCAUGUUGAUAAACAGAACAGAGGGAGGACUGGAGGAGAGUAGCGGUGUGAUGGGGGAAUGAAUCAUUACAGCAUUAGCAUCGGCCAGCAGGCUCUCCGGGUCUAAUUGGGGAUCAGGAAACACCACAGCUGUGCUACGGAUCUGCAAGCUUUCCUUUCCCGGGCCGCGCGUCAAUGUUAACCACCAGAUAUGACACGCCGCCGCUGCCGACACGUUUAACACCAUACACAAAAAAACAUUUUAUGCACACAUGACUGUAAGUCGCUUUGGAUAAAAGUGUCUGCUAAAUGGCAUAUUAUUAUUAUUAUAACACAGAACCGGCUUCCGUCUCUCGAAGAGGCAUUCGAGAGUAAACAGUGAGACAUUGAGGUCUUUUCUAUCAAAUCAUAGAUGCUUACUAUUAUACUAUUACCCUUUUCACACGACUGAGCCAAACUGAGAUGUACUGGGCUGGUCUGGUUACACAUCUACCAUAGUUGUAACGGAAAAAAUAUAUAUUUGCCAGCACAGGGUGGGCCCUGUAUUAUUAAUCAGGCAUCUGUGUCAUCUCUCUCUCUCUCUCUCUCUCUCUCUCUCUCUCUCUCUCUCUCUCUCUCUCUCUCUCUCUCUCUCUCUCUCUCUCUCUCUCUCUCUCUCUCUCGUUCUCUCUCUCUCCACUCCUGACGCUCUUUCAUUCCCUACUGAAGCAUGCACGCACACACACGCACACAUACAUUUUUUUAUCCUUUUCCAAGAGGUGUGUGUGCGUGUCAAGUUUUGUUCUCUAAUUAGCUAGUUGUUACUACCAGACUGGAGAGUGGGAAAUUGUAGUAGUAAGAGCUCAUUGAAAUGGUCGUCUAGCCCCAGACUUUAUUUAGAAGGUGGAGUUUUGGAGAAAAUUCAUAAAUUCUUCAUCGUCUAUUGAGAAAUGUCGCUUCUCCAUGCCUGGCGGUUGAGCCUUUGAAGUUAAAAGCAGCCCCCUCUUCCUUUAUGUGUUUGCGCAUGAAAUUUGGACACUUAAAGAAAAUAACUUCCCUAUUCCGCCAGUAUGUGUUAUCUUUUUGUUCCUCAAGAACUCUCCCCAGGAAUCAAUUUCGUGAAGGGGUUUGAAGAUUUACAUUGACAAUGACGGGCCGUGUGUAAUUGAAAGAAGAGCAGUGUACCGAUAUACGGUUGGCCUUUGAAAGUGUGACCGACUGCUGACCAGCGAGGAUGCUCCUCUCUCUUUAAAAAUAAUCAUCUCUCUCUCUCCUUUAUCUUACCUUUCCAUCUUUCUCUCUCCCUAUAUUCUUCUCUCAUCCUCCCCCCCAUCCCUUUCUCUCUUAACACUGCCUCUCUCUCACUCCCCCCCUUGUCUGUUCAGUGUCAUAACGGACUGUGAUGAGUGGAGGUAUUUCAAGGCACUGACCAAAACCUUAACCCCCCUGGAGGAGGACAUGUUCCACCUCAAAGAGGGCACGCUCGCCCCCCAGGUGUACCUGCGGCCCAAGGAGAGCGUGCACGUCCCCCUCAAAUACCAGACCUUCGUCUCAGACAACUCUGUGGCUCCCCAGGUAACCUAAUGCGUCGCCAUGACAACCCGGACAGCCAGACGUUAGAACACAGGCUCUAGUUUAUCAGUUCGCCCUGGGAUAUUAGCCAUAUGUUUGGGUUAACCUCUACAGGAUUGGUGUCCCGUAUACUGGACGGUUGAGCUAUCGUGUGCUAAUGUGAUUAGCAUGACUGUUGUAAGUAAUAGCAAACUUUCCAGGACAUAGACAUGUCUUAUAUGGGCAGAAAGCUUAAAUUCUUGUUAAUCUAUCUGCGCUGUCCAAUUUACAGUAGCUAUUACAGUGAAAAAAUACCAUGCUAUUGUUUGAGGAGAGUGCACAACAACAAAAAACGUAUCACGGCAACUGGUUUGAUACAUUCACCUCUGAUGGUAAAUAAUGUACUUACAUGCAGUAAUAUUGCUCUGAUUUGUCAUCCUAAGGGUCCCAGAGAUAAAAUGUAGCAUAGUUGUUUGAUCAAAUCAAUUGUUAUAUUCAAAUGUAGGAACUGGGUUCGACAGUUUGAACCCCUGCUGUCUCUGGCUCCACACCCACCCUGCCCGGCCAUCUAGAUGUGUGAAAGUUAGUGUAUAAGCUAAUGAUCCAUCAUAUAUGACAUUCCUGGGAGUGUGCAUAUCCUUGCUUCAGGUCCUGAGCUACAGGCAGUUAGAUUUUGGUAUGUCAUUUUAGGCAAAAAUUGAAAAAAAGGGUCCGAUCCUUAAGAGGUUAACGUCAUUCGGAGUGUAGGUUAACAGUACCCAGUCAGAGUUUAUCUUAUCGGCUGCUACGUCUUUCUCUGUCCCUACAGAUUGUACACUGGUGCUUUACGGUUUUAUAACCUGCUGUACAUUUCCAGAUGUCUUGGUCGAUUUAAAAUAUUUAUAAAUGUAUUAUUUGUGUGUUUGUUUGUUUGUUUGUUUAUCUACGUAUUGCAGGGGCCGAGUCUCAUACCCAGUGGCAGAAGUACUCAGGUGCCCAAGAAGCAUCUGUCCAAUACUGUGCUGGCCAAGUCAAUCAAGGUAUGGAUGGACAACCCAACCUGUAGAUAAAAACGUGUUCAAGGGUUGUUUUUUGCAUUGGAAUGAAUGUGAUUUCUGUUUUAAAGGAUUUCCAGUGAGCCAUGUGAGGGAAUAUUGUUUGUGCCUUAGUGUGCCAUAUGAUAAUACUUUAUAUUCACUGUUUAUUUCCUUUGGGAUGGUUGAAGAAUCCUAUUUCGUGUCUCUGGAGGCUGGAAUUAAGCUAGCUAGCACUUGUAUUUGUGAUGCGUUACAGAAGUUCCCUUCCAACGAUUAUACACUACCAGUCAAAUGUUUGAACACACCUACUCAUUCAAGGUUUUUUCUUUAUUUAAAAAAUGUUUUACAUUGUAGAAUAAUAGUGAAGACUUCAAAACGAUUAAAUAACCCAUAUGGAAUCAUGUAGUAACCAAAACAGUGUUAAACAAAUCAAAAUAUAUUUUAUAUUUGAAAUUCUUCAAAUAGCCACCCUUUGCCUUGAUGACAGCUUUGCACACUCUUGGCAUUCUCUCAACCAGCUUUCAUGAGGUAGUCACCUGGAAUGCAUUUCAAUUAACAGGUGUGCCUUUUUAAAAGUUAAGUUGUGGAAUUUAUUUCCUUCUUAAUGCGUUUGAGCCAAUCAGUUGUGUUGUGACAAGGUAGGGGGGGUAUACAGAAGAUAGCCCUAUUUGGUAAAAGACCAAGUCCAUAUUAUGGCAAGAACAGCUCAAAUAAGCAAAGAGAAACAACAGUCCAUCAUUACUUUAAGACAUGAAGGUCAGUCAAUACGGAACAUUUCAAGAACUUUGAAAGUUUCUUCAAGUGCAGUUGCGAAAACCAUCAAGCGCUAUGAUGAAACUGGCUCUCAUGAGGACCGCCACAGGAAUGGAAGACCCAGAGUUACCUCUGCUGCAGAGGAUAAGUUCAUUAGAGUUACCAUUCUUAGAAAUUGCAGCCCAAAUAAAUGCUUCACAGAGUUCAAGGAACAGACACAUCUCAACAUCAAAUGUUCAGAGGGGACUGUGUACAUCAGGCCUUCAUGGUCGAAUUGCUGCAAAGAAACCACUACUAAAGGACACCAAUAAGAAGAAGAGACCUGCUUGGGCCAAGAAACACGAGCAAUGGACGUUAGACCGGUGGAAAUGUGUUGUUUGGUCUGGAGUCCAAAAUUUGAGAUUUUUGGUUCCAACCGCCGUGUCUUUGUGAGACGCGGUGUGGGUGAACGGAUGAUCUCUGCAUGUGUGGUUCCCACCGUGAAGCAUGGAGGAGGAGGUGUUAUGGUGUGGGGGUGCUUUGCUGGUGACACUGUCUGUGAUUUAUUUAGAAUUCAAGGCACACUUAACCAGCAUGGCUACCACAGCAUUCUGCAGCGAUACGCCAUCCCAUCUGGUUUGGGCUUAGUGGGACUAUCAUUUGUCUUUCAACAGGACAAUGACCCAACACACCUCCAGGCUGUGGAAGGGCUAUUUUACCAAGAAGGAGAGUGAGGGAGUGCUACAUCAGAUGACCUGGCCUCCACAAUCCCCCGACCUCAACCCAAUAAGAUGGUUUGGGAUGAGUUGGACGGCAGAGUGAAGGAAAAGCAGCCAACAAGUGCUCAGCAUAUGUGGGAACUCCUUCAAGACUGUUGGAAAAGCAUUCCAGGUGAAGCUCGUUGAGAGAAUGCCAAGAGUGUGCAAAGCUGUCAUCAAGGCAAAGGGUGGCUAUUUGAAGAAUCUCAAAUAUAAAAUAUAUUUUGAUUUGUUUAACACUUUUUUGGUUACUACAUGAUUCCAUGUGUGUUAAUUCAUAGUUUGGAUGUCUUCACUGUUAUUCUACAAUGUAAAAAAUAGUAUAAAAUAAAGAAAAACCCUUGAAUCAAAUCAAAUCAAAUGAAAUUGUAUUUGCCACAUGCGCCGAAUAUAACAGGUGUAGACAUUACCGUGAAAUGCUUACUUACAGCCCUUAACCAACAAUGCAUUUAUUUUUUUAUAAAAAAAGUAAAAUAAAACAACAACAACAAAAAAGUGUUGAGAAGAAAAGAGCAGAAGUAAAAUAAAAUAACAGUAGGGAGGCUAUAUACAGGGGAAUACCGGUGCAGAGUCAAUGUGCGGGGGCACCGGCUAGUUGAGGUAGUUGAGGUAAUAUGUACAUGUGGGUAGAGUUAAAGUGACUAUGCAUAAAUAAUUAACAGAGUAGCAGCAGCGUAAAAAGAUGGGGUGGGGGUGGGGGGGCAGUGCAAGUAGUCCGGGUAGCCAUGAUUAGCUGUUCAGGAGUCUUAUGGCUUGGGGGUAGAAGCUGUUGAGAAGCCUUUUGGACCUAGACUUGGCGCUCCGGUACCGCUUGCUGUGCGGUAGCAGAGAGAACAGUCUAUGACUAGGGUGGCUGGAGUCUUUGACAAUUUUGAGGGCCUUCCUCUGACACCGCCUGGUAUAGAGGUCCUGGAUGGCAGGAAGCUUGGCCCCAGUGAUGUACUGGGCCGUACGCACUACCCUCUGUAGUGCCUUGCGGUCGGAGGCCGAGCAGUUGCCAUACCAGGCGGUGAUGCAACCAGUCAGGAUGCUCUCUAUGGUGCAGCUGUAGAACUUUUGAGGAGGUGUGUCCAAAAUUUUGACUGGUACUGUAUAUAAACCUCUCACAAACUAGAUUAUUUAUAAACCUUGUGAAUCUUGAGUUUUAGCUUGUUUUAACCUAGACUAAACAGUGCCCCCGCACAUUGACUCUGUACCGGUACCCCCUGUAUAUAGCCUCGCUACUGUUAUUUUACUGCUGCUAUUUAUUGUAAUUUUUUUUACUCAUCUAUUUUUUACUUAACACUUAUUUUUCUUAAAACUGCAUUGUUGGUUAAGGGCUUGUAAGUAAGCAUUUCACUGUAAGGUCUACACCGGUUGUAUUCGGCGCAUGUAACAAAUACAAUUUGAUUUGAUUUUUUAGAGAGAAAUCUUCUACUAUACCUGUAUUCCUGCCUUCCUCAAUUAAGUUUAGUUAAUCCUGGUUUAGUUAAGUCUGGUUUAGUGUUUAGCCCAUGGCGUCCAUCAAAUGUUUAUUUGGUCUCACUUUAAAAUACUGUAAGUGUCCCAAAUACCUAUGUGUUUACAUGGUACUGUAGUUAUAUAGACACUCGCAUUGUAAUGACAGUGUAGGACAAGUAGGUUUUGCUGCGCUUGAUUGAGAUUGCCUGACGCGUUGGAAUAAAUGGAAUAGUGCAAACCCUGCCAUUGGGCACUCCAGGCACACUCAACCUAAUGCUCACAGUUUUUAGAUAAGAAAACAAAGGUAACACUUCUUAAAGCCUGCAGUUAUAUAAUGCUUUAUAACUUUCUUGUGCCAACAACCCUCUUUUUGACCUACACUAUGAAUUCUAAAAUCGGCUGGACUUAUGCCCAAUAGAACCUGCUAAACUCAUUAUGAUAACAUAUGGCAACCCAAUCUAUCAUCACAGUCAGUGUAUUGUUAAAGCGAGACUCUCAAACUACAGUCAAGCCUGACUUUAAACACAUUGUGAGCCCCCGAUUACCUACAGGCCCCAGUUUCUGUCCCCCUUUGAUGAUGCGUUUGAAAGUGCUGUGGGUGGUGCCAGUGUUGGCCUGCUGACAGCUGUUGGGGUUGUGUGUCAGUUUCAGUGGGUUUAAUGGAAACUGACCUCUGACAGACAGAAAUCCUGCUCACAACAGCAGUACUGUGUGUGCGUGAUAACACAAAUGAGAGGUCCUGUCUUUGCACUCUAUAACAAUGUGUAUCUAUACCAGACUUGGGUUCAAAUAGUAUACGUCUUAAGUUUAUUGUAACUGUAUCAAGACUACAUAAAGCAUUCUCCUCUAACUUAAAUUGCUCUUACCUUGAGUUGUCUAUGUGGGCCAGUAAUAACAGCAUCCACGAUAAUUCAUUGUUUACUUUCGCUACAGGCAGUAGUAAGCAUUAUUCUCCUCAAACUUUACCUUUUUCAAUAUGAAACCUCCACUUUCCUUUGUAAUCCACCCUUCCCUCCCCCUCCCCAACCCUACCCGCAGGUGACGUUCAGGGCAGAGGACGGCAAGCCGCUGGCCAUCUGCCAGGUGAGCGUGGAGCCCACGCCGCACGCCAUCGACCAGACAUUCCGCUUCUACCAGCCAGAGCUGUCCUUUCUAAAGAAGGCCCUGCGCCUGCCCCCCUGGGAGAGAACGCCAGGUGCCCACUAUUAGCCCCAUUUAGCCUAGACACACACACACACACACACACACACACACACACACAGAUAGACAGACACGCUAACACACACUGAGAUGCAAUUGCAGACACACACACACACACACAUACAUACACACACACACAGAAAGAGAUGUAGUCACAGACAAACGCACACACACACACACACUCGCCACCAGUUGUGCACUAAAUGCUCAGUUUGUUCUCUCUGUUCUCUUUCCCUCUCUUUUAUCCCCCUCUAUCUAUCUCCCUGUCCAAUUCUCUCUGUCUCUGUCUGGCGUGUUGGCCUGGCCGUGCUCACCAGUUGGAGACACAGAUGCUGGGUCUCAGAUCUCAGUGCGCUGCAGUGACCCCAACGUCAUCUGUGAAACAAAGAUGUUGGUAAGAGAAUGAAUGGAAUCAUUUGCUCUGAUAAUCGGGCCAGCGCUGAAACUGGGGUGUGUGAGUUAAUUACGACGGCAACUCUCACUCCAUUUCCCGGGGGUAACCUCAGGGGGUUCACAUUUUUAUCUAUCCCAGCACUAAUCAUCUGUUCACCGAGCCCUUGAUUAGUUUAAUCUAAAUUGUUAGUGCUGGGAUGAAACAAAAAGGUGUUCCCCCGAGGAAUGGAUGUUGAAUUAUGUAACCGAUUUGCUAACGAAAACUAAAAUGUGCAAGGUUUCAGAAUUCAAAAAGAGGCUAACUGCUGUGUUUUGAAAGACAUUUGUAAUUGCAUAACAUGGGUAUCGGCCACUGAAAACAUUCCACGAAAGAGUGAAUUUCCACUAAAUGCGUCAAUAAACCUCAAUGGGAUUUCUCUUUGACAGGCACAAGGGGAGCCUCAAGAUGUGUAUUUGAAAGUGCCGGGCAGUCCGAGCCCGCAAAUCCGAAAGUUCUUCGUCACAGUGUUCACGUAUGUAUCCUACAUAAACACACACACACCACACAUGCACACAUAGAUACACUACAUGACCAAAAGUAUGUGGACACCUGCUCGUCGAACAUCUCAUUCCAAAAAUCAUGGACAUUAAUAUGGAGUUUGUCCCCCCUUUGCUGCUAUAGCAGACUCCGUUCUUCUGGGAAGGCUUUCCACUAGAUAUUGGAACAUUGCUGUGGGGACUUGCUUCCAUUCAGCCACAAGACCAUUAGUGAGGUUGGGCACUGAUGUUGGGCGAUGGGGUUGAGGUCAGGGCUCUGUGCAGGUCAGUCAAGUUCUUCCACACCGAUCUCAACAAACCAUUUCUGUAUGGACCUCGCUUUGUGCACAGGGGCAUUGUCAUGCUGAAACAGGAAAGGGCCUUCCCCAAACUGUUGCCAUGAAGUUGGAAGCACAGAGUCGUCUAGAAUGUAAUUGUAUGCUGUAGCAUUAAGAUUUCCCUUCACUGGAACUAAGGCCUAGCCCGAACACCCCCAGACCAUUAUUUCUCCUCCACCAAACUGUACAGUUGGCACUAUGCAUUGGGGCAGGUAGCGUUCUCCUGGCAUCCGCCAAACCUAGAUUCGUCCGUCGGACUGCCAGAUGGUGAAGCGUGAUUCAUCACUCCAGACAACGCGUUUCCACUGCUCCAGAGUCAAAUGACGGCGAGCUUUACACCACUCCAGCCAACGCUUGGCAUUGCAUUGUCUUAGGCUUGUGUGCGGCUGCUCGACCAUGGAAACCCAUUUCAUGAAGCUCCCGACGAACAGUUCUUGUGCUGACGUUGCUUCCAGAGGCAGUUUGGAACUCGGUAAUGAAUGUUGCAACUGAGGACAUACGAUUUUCACGUGCAUCAGAACGAUCCCGUUCUGUAAACUUGUGUGGCCUACCACUUCGCGGCUGAGCCGUUGUUGCUCCUAGACAUUUCCACUUCACAUUAACAGCACUUAGAGUUGACCGGGGCAGCUCUAGCAGAGCUGAAAUUUGGAACUACGCUGCACAGCUAUUUUCAGGUCUCUCCAGAGUACGGGCUCUGUCUGGGCCACUCAAGGACAUUCAGAGACUUGUCCCAGAAGCCACUCCUGCAUUGUCUUGGCUGUGUGAUUAGGGUCGUUGUGCUGAUCCUGACUAGUCUCCCAGGUUUCCUCCAGACGUGACGCUUGGCAUUCAGUCCAAAGAGUUCAAUCUUGGUUUCAUCAGACCAGAUAAUUUUUUGUCAUGGUCUGAGAGUCUUUAGGUGGCUUUUGGCAAACUCCAAGCGGGCUGUCAUGUGCCUUUUACUGAGGAGUGGCUUCCGUCUGGCCACUCUACCAUAAAGGCCUGAUUGGUGGAGUGCUGCAGAGAUGGUUGUCCUUCUGGAAGGUUCUCCCAUCUCCACAGACGAACUCUGGAGCUUUGUCAGAGUGACCAUCAGGUUCUUGGUCACCUCCCUGACCAAGGCCCUUCUCCCCCAAUUGCUCAGUUUGGCUGGACGGCCAGCUCUAGGAAGAGUGUUGGUGGUUCCAAACUUCUUCCAUUUAAGAAUGAUGGAGGCCACUGUGUUCUUGGGGACCUUCAAUGCUGCAGACAUUUCUUGGUACCCUUCCCCAGAUCUGUGCCUCGACACAAUCCUGUCUCGGAGCUCUACAGACAAUUCCUUCGACCUCAUGGCUUGGUUUUUUCUCCGACAUGCAGUGUCAACUGUGGGACCUUAUAUAGACAGGUGUGUGCCUUUCCAAAUCAUGUCCAAUCAAUUUAAUUUACCACAGGUGGACUCCAAACAAGUUGUAGAAACAUCUCAAGGAUGAUCAAUGGAAAUAGGAUGCACCUGAGCUCAAUUUCGAGUCUCAUAGCAAAGAGUCUGAAUACUUAUGUAAAUAAGGUAUUUCUGUUUAUUAUAUUUUUUAUACAUUUGCAAAAAUGUAUAAAAACCUGUUUUCACUUUGUCAUUAUGGAGUAUUGUGUGUAUUUUCUGCAUAGCGCAUCUUUAAUAAUUCAGAUUUUAAGUUAUUAGUUCAGAUGCACAUGAAAUUGGCAUGCGAACUAGCAAGCUACCGGUAGCUAAUUACUGGCUAAUAGCUGGCUAAUUAAGUUGAUCAUGCUUUGUGACACACACGGUUUUAUCUUGUUUUAGUCCACACAACAUGUCGCCACUAGUAAACAUCUGAUGAAGUGUUGCUGGCAGCCACAGAGCCAUGCUUUUUUUGUCCUACCAGGUCUGUGAGAAGGUUCUAUCUACUGCAUCCCUAUGUCCUUCAACUGUUGUUGGAAAUGGAUGUCCGGUUUAUCAGGUCCCAGGUUCCCAAUGACUGGUCUGAUUAUUUAUUUGAAAGACAAUUGCAAUUAGCUCUUUAGCACCAUCUGUUGAGUACCUGACAGAGCAGAUCCAGAUGAUCUGGGUACUCAUUUCAGCGCCUGAGGACGGUCCAUUUACUUUGUGCUGUGACUUGAACCCCCCCCCACCCACACACACACACACACACACAAAUAACAAGCAAUGUAAAAGCUGGCAAUGCAAUCCGAGCACUGGGCACCAGGCCCUGGUGCCCGGAGCUGCUGCUGGCAGAGUAGUAGGUAACAGCUUGUUUUGAACAAUAUAUUUUUUAAACAGUAAAAUGUACACACAUUUACCACACUUUAAUGAGAAUUUUAAGCGUAAUCCAUAUACAUUUUACAAAAAACUAUUGUAUCCAUAUCAAUUGUACAAAACAUAUAUUUUUACUAUUUAAAAUAAAAUAAAAUUCGGACCAAUCACAAGUGCGUCGCCGCCCCUAAUGCCCUAAUGGAAGGGUCGCCACUGACACACACUUGCCCCAUCCUACCCAUCCCAGUGUGGAUGAAACUGAUGGCCGUUGGUUCCGGCGAUGAUCCUCUGAUUAGAUUGCUCAUGCGGGGCCUUAAUCUCAUUGAUUUAAUCAGUAUGUCGGAUUCACCGGGCUGAUUGCUUCACAUGGCAGAAUCCAUUUUCCUCAUCAAACUUCGAACGGGACGACUUCUCUCUUGUCCCUGGCCUGUAAUCUCAGGAGAGGGAUGAUUAGGCUGAAGAGGCAACCUUUGACCUCCAUAGCCACAGCUCAUUCUGGAAUCACCAUUAUCAGAGUCAACUGAAACUCGAAGCAAUGAGAAUGAUUCCUAUGAUAUCUCCUAGCCCGGGGGUGCUUCACAAAUGACACCCUGUUUCUUAUAUAGUGCACUACUUUUGACCAGGGCCCAUAGAGCUCUGGUUAAAAGUUGUGCACUUUAUAGGGAAUAGGGUGCCAUUUGGGAUGCAACCCAGAGCUAUCAGACAAGGUGCUCAAAAAUGACUGAAUCGCUGAUGUCUCUUAUCGUCACAGAGAUAAGUCAACUCAUCAUUAGCUCUGCCCCUCCUUCUCUCGUUAUGAGUCGAUUCGCUCUGAGACCUAAUUGUUUUCUCGCCUGAUGUCUCCAUAGUGAUAAGUGGCUGGCGGUGCCUGCCCAGAUCUGGCAGGUAUAUGUGCACUUCCUGCAACGGGUGGAUAUCAGCUGUGUGACUGGCCAGCGAACCUGUCAAUCACUGGUAAUACGGGGCACCCAAGCCAUCCGGAAGGUCCGGUGUUACACCUCGCACCCGCAGGAGCUCAAGGUACAACUGGCUGUCCGGUGUCUCUCUGCCACCAUUGUUGAUAGAGUUAGGCUGUGCGUCCAAAAUUGCUCCCUAUUCACUACAUAGUGCCCCACUUUUGACUAGAGCCCUAUGGGCUGUUGUCAGAAGUAGUGCACUAUAUAGGGCCCAUAGGGCUCUGGUCAAAAGUGGGGCACUAUAAAGGGAAUAGGGUGCCAUUUCAGACGCAACCUUAGUCUAUAUUCACUCUAGACUGAAUGACAUACUGUACUGGCCUUCAUUUUGAAAUGCUGAAUGAUAUCUGUAUCUUUCAUGUGUGAAUGUUGCUGUUAUAUGUGGAUGAUCUAAUCUGACUGUCACAACUGUUAUUCUAUUAUAUUCACUGUGGAAUAAAGUCAUGCUCACUGUAGAGAAGGAUAUGCAUGUUUUAUAUGUUUUCACCAAAGAUAAAUAUUUAAUGAAUAACUCAUUUAGAGGCUGGUUCUAGUCUAUAUUUCAAAGACAACAUUGCAAUUGAUUAUUUUGUUGCUCUUAGCAGGUAAUCUGACUAGUAUGUAUUGUUACAUGAGAGCGAGUCCUACAAAGGCUGUUGAACCUAUUGAGCAGGUUCUGUGUUUUGAGUGGGUUGAAUGGGAGCAAUGUUCCUCUCUCUCCCCAUCUCAUCUCUCUUUCUCUCUCUCUCUCCCCCAAUCCCCAAUUCCCUCUCUUCCCCUUCCUCCCUUUCUCUCCCUUUGUCUCUCUCUCUCUCUUCCCCCCCCUUUUCCCUCCUUCCCUCUCCUUCCCUCCCUCCUCCCCUCUCCCAGGUGGACCCAGCGGAGGUGUUUGUCCUCCUCCCGGGCAUGGUACAGGACCUGCAGUUGUGUGUGUGUCCGUUGCGGGCGGGCAGCCGCUUCUGCUACCUCACCGUGGUGGACGUGGAGCAACACACGCUGGUGGCCUCCUGGCUCCUCAGCCUCACCUGUCGCCUGCCCAUCCUCUCCAAGGUGAAACCACCACUGUCUGUCUCUCUGCCUCUCUCGCUCUCUUUCUCUGCCUGUCUCUCACUCUCUCGCUCUCUCUUGCUCUCUUUGUCUUUAGCUCUCUUUCUCCCAUACACAGUCUUUCAUUCUCUCUCUUUCUCACAUAGACACUUAUUCACACGCACACACAGACAUAUGGACCUAUUACACACACACUCAGACGCUUGCACUGUGGGUCAAAGCAGGAUAAUGUGUCCCCAAAAGAUGUUCAAUAAAGGGCACCUGCAGUUAAAGGAGAGCAAGAUAAAGAGAGGGAGAGAGAGGGAUUCCUGGCACUGGAGAUGGCUGGGUAAUGACAUGGACUGCAUCCCAAAUGGCAUCAUAUAUCCUACUACAUAGUGCACUACUUUUGACCAAAGCACUAUGGGCCCUGGCCAAAAGUAGUGCACUAUAUAGGGAAUAUGGUGCCAUUUGGGAUUAGUGCCAUGCUCUUUAAAGGUGUCUCCUAUAGUUUGGCUGUUAUAACCUUAGCAUACAUUAUCUCCUAGAUGGGUACUGAAACUGUCUGAACGACUGAAUGGCGCAGUGCAGUCUCACAAAGAUGUGUGCAAUGCAGUGGAACCCUUAUUCCCCUUAUGAUGUCACGAUGACAAGAAACGCACCCGAAAUAACAUUAUUUUGUUGCUCUCCACUGUUAUGAUCCUCUGCUAAAUUAUGAAUAAAGAGACUGUUUUUGUGAGAUCUUCGUGGAGCUCACAAUAACAGUAUCAUAUGUUUUUGGUGCGUCUGUGAGAUUGUACGAUUUUAUAUGCACAUAAUGUUAUGUGACUUUAAUCCUCAAUGGCUCUGACUCUCUUUUAUCUCUCCGUAUUGUCAAUCUGGGCACCUUCUUCUAAGCAUUGAUAUAAUCACCAAUUUUAGAUUCACAAUCUGAUAGUGUGCCCUGUUUCCUUUCUCUCUCAGGGGCGAACGAUGAACAGCCCCUAAAUGAUAAGGUUUCAUAUUCAUUAGUGCACAACGUAGAAAAACGUUUAGCAAUGGAAAAGGAAAACAAGCAUUUCUUAUUGGUUAUGUUCAGUUAGUAGUCCAUCCCUGUUUCAGUCCGUUUUGUUCAGUUUGGUGCCUAAUGAAUAAGACUCCGUUUCAUCCAUACCAGCUAUUUGCUUCGAAUGUCAACAUGUGUCUUUCUGUUGCAUUCUACACUGAUAUUAAUUCUAUUGCACCAUUUGGAUUUGUGUCACUUGUUUCACAUGCUUUACAGACAGAUCUAAGGUCUGUUUUUCAUUUACCCCCCUAAUGGGUUGAGGUCAGGAUCUGAUCAAAACUAAACUGAUCCUAGACUUGUUUCUAAGGGCAUGUUUCUACUGGGAGUGUUAUGUGUUUCUAGAAUAGUGUUUCUCCCAUAGAUGUGAUCUAAGGUCAGUUUUUUAUUCCCCCCUAAUGGUUAAGGAUAGAAUUCUGAGGAGGCUUAACUGAUCCUAGACCUGUGUUGUGUAUCGCUCUUCUGGCAGGCUUUUGAAAUGUGUGCUCCGGUGGGAGGGGGUCGGGGGAGCACCCGGAAGAUCACUUACACCAAUCCCUACCCCACCAGCCGUGUCCUCCUGCUACGGUCAGACCACCCUGACCUGCUCCAGUUUAAAGAGGACCGUUUUGAGGUGAGCACCACAACAAAGCACAACGCUGCCCUCUUGUCAUGUCUCUGUUCAAACUGACAUUUAAUGAGGAGUGGAGGGAGGGAGAGGGGGAGGGAGAGAGACCAUCCUUUUCUGUUUUCAAACUUGCCUGGAGGUAAUUGGGUGUCGUAAUGUACCUGGACCGUAUUCAUUAUGCACUAAACGGAAGACACCAGACUGACACUGAAAAGGACUACAUCGAAUGAAUACAAUCCGCUAACUACACGUCCGAUCUCUCUCUAGUUCUUGGCUCUGGGGCAGACCAGUGACACUAACAAGUCGUUAGUUUAUGUGUUUACGGACAUAUUUAAUCUCUCCAUAUCCCCCUCCUGUACUCCCUGUUCACCCAUGACUGCGUGGCCACACACAUCUCGAACUCAAUCAUCAAGUUUGCUGAUGACACAACAGUGGUAAGCCUGAUUACCAACAACCUUCUUCACACAAACAGUAUAGUGAAGAAGGUGCAACAGCAACUCUUCAACCUCAGGAUGCUGAAGAAAUUUGUCUUGGCCCCUAAGACCCUCACGAACUUGGACAGAUGGCCCAUUGAGAGCAUCCUGUCGGGCUGUAUCAUCGCCUGGUAUGCAAUUGCACCGUCCGCAACCGCAGGGCUCUCCAGAGGGUGGUGCGGUCAGCCCAACACAUCACUGGGGGAACACUGCCUGCCCUCCACGACAUCUACAGCACCUGGUGUCACAGGAAGGCCAAGAAGAUCAUCAAGGACCUCAGCCAUCAGAGCCACGUCCUGUUCGCCCCACUACCAUCUAGAAGGCAGUACAGGUGCAUCAAAGCAGGGACCAAGAGACUGAAUAACAGCUUUACCCUCCAGGCCAUCAGACUGUUAAACAGUCACCACUAGCCUUAGUCACCAUUCUAGCCAGCUACCUCCCAGUACUCUACCCUGCACCUUAGAGACUGCUGCCCUAUGUACAGAGUCACUUUAAUAAUGUUUACAUACAAAACACACCAUUAUAUGUAUAUAUAUUUAUAAACACUGAGUGUACAAAACAUUAGGAACACCUUCCAAAUAUUGAGUUGGACCCCCUUUAUUCAGAAUAGCCUCAAUUCAUCGGGGCAUGGACUCUACAAGGUGUUGAAAGCGUUCCACAGUUGUGUCAACUAGGCUGGAUGUCCUUUGGGUGGUGGACCAUUCUUGAUACACACGAGAAAAUAUUGAGCAUAAAAAACCCAGCAGCGUUGCAGUUCUUGAAACACUCAAACUGGUGCGCCUGGCACCUACUACCAUACCCCGUUCAAGGCACUUCAAUAUUAUGUCUUGCCCAUUCACCCUCUGAAUGGCACACAUACACAAUCCAUGUCUCAAUUGUCUCGAGGCUUAAAAAUCAUUCUUUAACCUGUCUCCUCCCCUUCAUCUACACUGAUUGAAGUGGAUUUAACAAGUGACAUCGAUAAGGGAUCCUAGCUUUCACCUGGUCAGUCUGUCAUGGAAAGAGCAUGUGUUCUUAAUGUUUUGUUUACUCAGUGUAUAUGAUAUGUAAACUGAACAAAAAUGUAAAUGCAACAUGUAACAAUUUCAACGAUUUUACUGAGUUACAGUUCAUAUAAGGAAAUCAGUCAAUUGAAAUAAAUUAAUUAGGCCCUAAUCUAUGGAUUUCACAUGACUGGGCAGGGGCGCACCCAUGGGUGGGCCUGGGAGGGCAAAGGUCCACCCACUUGGGAGCAAAGGAGAAAUGCUCACUAAUAGGGAUGUAAACAAAUUUCUGCACAACAUUUGAGAGAAAUACGCUUUGAGAGAAAUACGUAUGAAAAAUGUCUGGGAUCUUUUAUUUCAGCUCAUCAAACAAGGGACCAACACUUUACAUGUUGCAUUUAUAUCUUUGUUCAGUGUAUAUAUAUAUAUAUAUAUAUAUACAUAUAUAUAUAUAUAUAUAUAUAUAUUUAUAUUCCGGUCUCUGACAUUACUCGUUCUGAUAUUUCUUAAUUUCUUAAUUUUUUUAGAUUAUGUGUAUUGUUAUUUUUAUUUUAGUUUAUUAUUGCUAGGGAUUACUGCACUGUUGGAGCGAGAAACACAAGCAUUUCGCUGCACCUGCGAUAACAUCUGCAGAUCUGUAGACGCAACCAAUAAAAUGUUAUUUGAAUUGAUUUGACCUAAUAUGAAUAAUAGAACACGUCCAUUAUAGCUGUAGAUUUUUUCCAUGUUCUGUCAUUAGCGCCAGUGUCUCAUAGGAGAUUCAUUGACUCCAUAAACAGGUCAUAAACAUCACGACGUAAACAAGUCGUCUCAACGUCAUUGGCUUUUCGUUCGCUGUCAUUUGCGAGACGGUCUCAUAGAGCAAGCAGCGGUGUAAAUGGAAAUAGAAUCACUGGGAUUUAAAUGAACAGGCUGCCAAUGGAAAAUGAACUCCUUCAAAAAUCUGUUUAUGUUUCUACCGCUUGCAUGCAGAUGAUGCUUAACCAAAUGGAGAGAGACAGAGGGAGAGAGAGAGAGGGGUGAGGAAAAAUAACCAACUGUGUUUUCCAUUUAGUCAACAUAGCUUCAGGCUCAAUUCGCUCUAAACAAUUGAUGUGGUCUAUAUCUUUAAAAUGUUGAAUAGAGUAAUUUUCCCUACCCCAAAAGAUAACUACCCUGCCAUAAUAAAAACAAUUGGGAAGCAAAAAAAGCAGAGCAAGGAUCGAUAUUAUAGUUUUCCAGAAAUUACCGGAUAAAUCUCACACAUUGAACCAUAUAUCUUAGCUGGCCAUUACACGAAAUGCAGCCAUUGGAAUUUAGUCUUUAUUAAAAUGUCCAAAUAAUGAACAGAGCGGCGAGGUGCAAACAAACCAUAAGCAUAUGGAAUUCGGGUAAUAAUCAAAGCAUAACACAACACACUGGCUGGAGUUAAUUUGGAGGAAGAGAACAACAAAACAACAAUACAAAGAGCAUGUAGUUUCAAGAGCUUACAAUUUAUGGUGGGAACACCGGGUGUUGUAGAAAACAAUGUCCCUUUUUUACAAAAUGACUAAUUCCAGUUGACUUUCCUCUAAUGAGCCAAUUAUAGUGGCAAACCGUUUUGUUGAUUUGAGCUUUUACACAAAUCUAUUGUUGUCGUAUCGCCACACAUCCCUAAUAGAUAUUAUGUGUUGUAAUCACAGUCAAAUGCCGUGGCGUAAAUAUAGCAAGAGGAUUAUAAACAAUGUACUAUAGUACUCUGGUGAAAUACACCUAAAAAGCAAUAAUCUAAAAACGCAUCACAUAUGCUUCUUUUAAAUGUCAUUAAAGAAUAUUAAGGUUGCAGUGCCUUCAGAAAGUAUUCAUACUCCUUGACUUAUUGGACAUUUUGUUGUGUUACAGCCUGAAUUAAAAAGGGAUUAAAAAUUGUUUUACUUCACACCAUAACCCAUAAUAAAAAGUGAAAACAAGCUUUUUAUAAAUUUGUUGAAAAUGAAAUACAGAAACUCACUAGUCCUUGCCGAUGACAAGCAUACCCACCACCAUGCUUGAAAAUAUAAGGAGUGGUACUCUGAUGUGUUGUGUUGGAUUUGCCCCAAACAUAAUGGUUUGUAUUCAGGACAAAAAGUUAAUUUGUUUGCCACAUUUCUUGCAGUUUUACUUUAGUGCCUUAUUGCAAACAGGAUGCGUGUUUUGGAAUAUUUAUAUUCUGUACAGGCUUCUUUCUUUUCACUGUCAUUUAGGUUAGUAUUGUGGAGUAACUACAAUGUUGUUGAUCCAUCCUCAGUGUUCUCCUAUCACAGCCAUUAAACUCUCUAACGGUUUUAAAGUCACCAUUGGCCUCAUGGUGAAAUCCCUGAGCGGUUUGCUUCCUCUCCGGAAACUGAGUUAGGAAGGAUGCCCGUAUCUUUGUAGUGACUGGGUGUUUUGAUACACCAUCCAAAGUGUAACUAAUAACUUCACCAAGCUCAAAGGUGCAUCAAUGUCUGCUUUUUUUUAGGUGCCCAUCUUUGCGAGGCAUUGGAAAACCUCCCUGGUUUCUAUGGUUGAGUCUAUGUUUAAAAUUCACUGCUCGACUGAGGGACAUUACAGAUAAUAGUAUGUGUGGGGUACAGAAAUUAGGUAGUCAUUGAAAAAUAAUGUAAAACACUAUUAUUGCACACAGAGUCCAUGCAACUUAUUAUGUGACUUGUUAAGCACAUUUUUACUCCUGAACUUAUUUUGGUUUGCCAUAACAAAGGGGUUGAAUACUUGAUAGACAUUUCAGCUUUGAAUUUUUAUUAAUUUGUAAAAAUGUCCUAAAACAAUUAUACUUUGACAUUAUUGGGUAUUGUGUGUAGGCCAGUGAGACAAAAUGUCAAUUUAAUCAAUUUUAAAUUCAGGCUGUAACGCAACAAAAUGUAGAAAAAGUCAAGGGGUGUGAAUACUUGCUGAAGGCACUGUAUAACAGAAGAGAUAUGUCCAGGGUCGAGUUCAGUAGGACACAUCGUAGCAAAAGGUUUUUCAAAGGAACACAAAAACCUAUCUUCUUAUUGGACGAGAUCAGGUCGUACCUCCCCAUUUCAAAACAUUUUCACCCUACUGAACACAACCCAGUUGCUACAGUGCACCUGUGGGUUGAAACCUGGAUGCCAUUCAUUAUGUCACACUGUAGCUAAACUUAACAAAACUUUUUGCCACAAAAAAACAAAAACAUUUUUGUUUCUUAUUGGACGAGCUCUGGUAACCCGUCCCUGUUUCUGUCCGUUUUUCUUCCAUUUGGUACCUAAUGAACACAACCCUGCUCUUUCCCUGUAGAUUGGAGGAGGGGAGACAUACCGCAUCGGGCUGCGUUUCGCCCCCAGCCGAAGUCCUGGUGACCAGGAGAUCCUCAUCUAUGUCAACAACCAGGAGGAGACCACGGAGGAGACCUUCUGUGUGAAGGUGAAAUACACCUGAACACAUGGCAACUCAACGCAGUACUGUACACAUCAACUACUACUGUACAGAACAAUGCUGUUUGCUAAGAAACACAGCUCAACAAAGUUCACAACUACUUAUGAAAGACAUCUCAAUUCAGUACUCAUAAACUUCUGUAUAUAUAUUGUAACACGAUGUCUUGAUACAUAUGAAUGACUGUAGAAUAUUCAGUCUAGAUGAGUUACUUUAUAACUGAAUGGUCCGGUACAUACAACUGUAGGCUAAUUGAAAUAUUAUUACAUAUAAACAACUGUGUAAUUCAAACAUGCAGUCUAGAUGAAGUACUCUAUAAUUGAAAGGCUUACUACAUAUGAACUAUAUUUUUGAUAAGCAACCUUUUCCCUGUGUAUGUUAAAGUUGAAGUGAUGCUUCAGAGCGGCUUUGUUGAUUGAGUUGUUAUCUGUAAGUUAGAUAUUUAUGUCUAGGAAUACAUGUAUGAGGAAAAACAACUUUAUAAUGCACAGUUUGAUGUGAUGGGAAGCCAUGCUGUUGUGUUUGCUUAGCAUUCUGCCUAAAUAGGUCAUGUUUCAAGAAUCAAACGCAAAUACAGUAUAGGAUGCCAAAAGAAAAGCCCCUAAAGAGAGAGCCUGUUAUCUCCUAACACUGCAGCAGCCAGAGGUGUACACACACACCCCCAAUAGUUCACUAAUCAUAUUCAGAUAUGUCUUUAUUUGGGGGGUGGUGUUCUGUACAUAGUCUUUUCUAAUAUCAGAAGACUCCCAGACAUUUACCUUUUAUUUUUUACAUUUUAGUCAUUUAGCAGACGCUCUUAUCCAGAGAGACUUACAGUAGUGAGUGGAUACAUUUUCAUUUGUACUGGUACCCCAUGGGAAUCGAACCCACAACCCUGGCGUUGCAAGUGCAAUGCUCUACCAACUGAGCCACAUAGGACCACACAGGACAUCCGACGAGGCUUGCGUUUCUCCAGAAAGCUCUUAUUAGCAUGGGCAGCACCCCUUUAAAAAUCUAUUUUCUCUCUCUCUCUCUCUCUCUAUCAGAGCCCAGGUCCUGCACAUUCUGUCAACAACCCCCGUCUUAUAUAAGCAUACCGCCUCGUUACACAACCUUCCUCACUCUUCCUCAUUAGAAUGCAGGCUGCAAAAAGCCUGUACUGCUCGUACUCAGAAGAGGAGGAGAAAGGAGAAAAAG